AUGGAUAAAUAUAAAGGUAAGGGGGAAUGGUUCGCUUGCUUCCCCCACCCUCAUCGUGGGAAAGGGGCAGUAUCGGUACUUCGGAAAAGAUUGCUAGUUCGUUUGUCCUCAAUGGAUUGUCCUGCCUAAGCAGCCGAAUGUGACUUGUGGUUGCUCGUAAGUCCCUUAAAACGUGGGUUUCUCUAUAGCGUUUAAUGAAUGGGCGGGUGGGUUGAGACGGAUCUUUGCCCCACAGGCGUUGCCUCGGGACCGAGACUGGCCAGGACGCCGGGGCUGGGUUUGUGAGGCGGGGGGAAAGUGGCGAGCGAAGAGUCCCUAAUCGCAGCCGGGUCCGUCUCCCUCCUCCAGGACCCACCCCUAGAGAGGGGGGAUUCGCUGAGGUCCACGGAGCCCCAUUCCGCCGACGGAGAAGGAGUCGAGGGUGCCGCUUGGGGGAGGAUUUUGGUUCUGAUGCUCGUGGUGCUGGGACACAGAAACAACACAUCGGGUGUGUGGGUGUGUGAAAUUGUGACACAACCGGCUUCUUUUUGAAAGGAUUAAGAGAAAUACUGUGUGUGAGAGAGAGUAUUUGAACCUCCUUGACAUACAUCUGGUGCUCCGAAAACCCUCUAGGUGAGGGCCAGUGAAACUGUAGGAAAUGAAAAGGUGAACACGAGACUUGGAGACGGUUUGGCGCGAAGCGGGGGAGGAUUUCAGUACCCGCACCUGUGUGUGUGUGUGUGUGUGUGUGUGUGUGUGUGUGUGUGAGAGAGAGAGAGAGAGAGAGAGAGAGAGAGAGAGAUCAAAGGACCGACCCCCCCCCUCCCCGCCCCUUCUUUCGCUUCCGGUCUUGCUGUUGCUCCAAAACAGAAUUGUAAGGGGGGGUGUAUUUAGUUCCCCCGUGUAAUAAAUAUUCGCAGACUUUUUAAGUUUAGUCUGCAAGAUUGUGCGGGGGAAGAUAAGGAAGGGGAAGGCGUGGCUGCCGAAUGGUAUCUGGAGGUGGGUGGAGAGCUGAGUGUCCCUUGUGUUUUUAAUGAAUUGUUUCAAAGCCCUUUUAAGUAUUAAGGGACGCAAUGCUUAGUGCUACGAUUCUAACGAGAGGUGAGGUGUCGUCUUAUGGCAGAAUGACGCCUGAGUGUUUGGCAGCAAUGGGGACCGAUAUGGUUACUCAGUGGCGAGGGAAAGGUACUCUGCACAUUCUCGGAAACAAUUUUUUUUCUUUGAUUAGCUCAAGAGUGAACCCCAGUGUUAUAAACCAGCUGAGUGUCUAGACACAUACUAGGCUCUGCAAGUGAAGUGAAGCAAGCCUGUCUUUGCCGUUCUGGAAAUACAUUAAGGUUGCAACCUUACACACCUUUUAUGCAAUGUGAAUGAGCACCCACAAGCAACAGUGAUGGCCACCAAUUUAGGAUGACUUUAAAAGAGGCUUCAACAAAUCCACGAUAGAUGGAGGAUAAGGCUGUGUCCAAUAUUCGAGUCCGAAUACCAGCUGCUGGAACCCACAGGAGGGGAGAGUGUUGCUGCAGGGUGAGGAACGGCUGCUAGACUAGAGGGGCCACUUUCCUAUCCAGCUGAUCUUGUUUUAUGUUCUUAGGCACUUAUGCUUAAAGUCACAGAGGUGGAAGGGAACACAAAGCUCACCUAGUCCAUGCCCUUGCAGGUACAGGAAAACUACCUCCACAUCAUCCCAAAUGAGCAUCUCUUCAACUUCUGCUUAAAAACCAAAGAUUAGGUGAGCCCACUAGGUAAUCUGGUCCACCACAGAACCGCCCAUGCUGUCAGAAAGUUAUUCCUAAAAUCCCCUUUCUUACCUGGUGGGAGUAAGUUGCAUUGCACACAUUGAGGUUUACUUCUGAGUAAUUUUGCACAGGAUUGUACUAUAAUUUUAUCUUUUUUCUUGUUCAUAUACAAUAUAAGCCAAUGUGGUGGGUCCAAAUGUUCCAAUAUUUGCUCAGUUAUGCAGUUUAUCGAAUGGCUGUCAUUUCGUCUGUCUUACUUUGCAGGGUUAUUGAGAAGAUGCAGCAAGGAAAGGCAGCAUUCAGUGAUGUGGGAUUUCCAGAAAAUGUUGAACUGGGAAUUUUUCUGGGAAAUUUUACGUCUACACAUGACAGCAAUUUGCACUGGGAAAAUUUUCCUUUUACACUGAGAAAAUUUUCUGAUGCCCUACAGGGUGUUCUGAUAUAGAAUGCUUGUUUAUUUUCAUUUGCAUUCAGUAAACAAAACUAAAACUGCCAAGGUUACCUAACAUUGUAUUUGCAACCUGCAUUCAUUUAUUGUCAAUAAUGACCUUAUGACAAGGAAAAAAUUCACUGGAAAAGCACUGGAAACUUUCCCUCCACCACUCAUCCCUGGAUGCAUUGCAACCAGCAUGCUGCCUUAGGGCCAGGGCAGGAAAGGAAUCUAAAUAUAAUAAAUAAAUGUCUACUCACUUUACCAGUUUAGGAGGUGGUUGGACCAGCUGACAUUAUAGUCUGGUGAGGCCAGUUUCCAUCAGUACCUGAGGAUCUGGCUUUCUGCAUUUAUAAUGCAAACCUUUAAAAUGAAUUUUUCAUUCUCCGGAGCUCGACAGGACUGCUCUCAUAGGUUUGCCUUAUUCCAAUGGUGACUGACCAGUCUACAAAGAGUCAUUUAUUUAUGUAUAUGUAAUCUGAAUAGAUAGUAGUUGACAAUUGUCCAGCACUUCCUGAAUCUGCAGUUUUCAGGAAUCGAGGUCUGUAUAGUGCAAUCCUACUCAUGUCUACUCAAAAGUAACUCCCGCAGAGAUAUGUGGGCCUAGUAUUGCAGCCUAGGUCUCUUAAUGUAACCUCCUGUUAACCUUUAUGGCACUGUAUAUGUCCAUUUUUGUGUCCAGAUAUCAGCUUUGCUGUUGGAUAAUAGUAACAGUGUUCAUUCACUAUGGGAAUAGUCAUUCACAAUGGGAAUAGUUCAUUAUAGUUAUUACUGUAGUUUGUCUGAAUAUAUCUGAGUGAGACAGAGCCCUGAAAUGAGAGUUCCCUGCCUUCUCCCUGCACCUUGGAGGUGGUGACUGGCUUUCAAAAGUGACCAUCAUUGCUCAGGAGAAGAACACAUGCCAAUGCAUUCAGAAGACUCUGGGUUCAGUCCCUGGUAUUAUCAGUUGAAAGGGUCAAGCAGCAGGCGAGGGACUGCCUAGUAGGGCCAACAACACAGGAAUUGGAGGCAGGGUCCAGAGUCCCACUCAGCAAAGUGGGCAGGGCAUGAGAGGCCCCAAAUUUAGCAGGACACCUAAAGGGUUUGGAUAUAAGACCAUUGGGUGGGAUUCAAGGUCUCACUGUGGUGAUCAUUCACUCAGUACAAGUGUUUCUGCUUGCAAGAUGGAAUGAUCUCCCUUCACCUGCCCCGUGUCCUGUUCUGGGGUUGGGGGGACUUGUGGGGGUCACACGUGACCUGUUGUGCUAGUGGGACUUGUGCUGGCUUCCAUUAGCCAUCAAUGUGAACUUGGCCCAUUCAUAUCUAGAGUUGAACUACACCACUCGCUCUUCCUGAGACACUGAAGAGCUACUGCCUACCAUUCAACAUUAGUCCUAGGAAAGAUGUAGAGGGUUGGCCAUACCAUUAGGCCAGGCUUCCUCAAACUCGGCCCUCCAGAUGUUUUUGGCCUACAACUCCCAUGAUCCCUAGCUAGCAGGACCAAUGGUCAGGAAUAAUGGGAACUGUAGUCUCAAAACAUCUGGAGGGCUGAGUUUGAGGAAGCCUGCAUUAGGCAGUGAUGUGGAGUGGAAGUAAUUCUGGAAUUGUUUUCCUCAGUGCUUCAUUUUACUGUGGAAAAUUUCCCAUUUCAUUAGUAACCACAAAUGGGUACCUACUGCAAAUACGCUAUGAGGCAAGCUUGGGAGUUCCGAAGUUUCAAUUAAUGUUUUUCCAGGUGAUUAUCGCUAGUAUGUGAAGAGGGUACAUAUAUUUCAGGUCAGACAUUUGUGGUAAGAAAUUGGGUACUUUUAAAAAGUUUGGUUUACUAAAUGCAAGUAAAAAAAAACAUGUGAAUUAGACCAUUCUCUACUUGCCCCAUUUUCAAAUCACCCUAUGCAAAUCAACUUCAUUUGCAUAGGAAAAUGUUCUUGAAUUUUUUCCUAGUCAACAUUUUCCAGAAAAUCAUGACCAGUGAGGCAGUUGUAUCAGGCGAACAUGAAAAGGCAGAAACCCCUUAUUUAAUUUAUUAUUGUGUUUUUGCUCUGUUGGGAAUGGAACCAGGUGCCCAAAUAACUUGACCAACCUUGGUCAAUAUGCAACUUGAACUGGGGAGAAGGGAGUGGGUACCUGAUCUGGGGGGCAGCCAUUUGCUGUUCCAAAUGUAGGCAGUGUCUUGGAUUGACCCUGAAGAUUGACAAGCAGUGCCUAGUACAGUGCAGCUUCGUAUCCCUUGGGAUGAAACUAGCUAGCGCAAAGAAAAGAAAUAAUGGAAAGCUCUAAAAACUGUGGAUAGUUUCUGAAGUGAGAGCUGCUUCAGUGCAGCUCUCAUGGGUAAGAAACAACUACUGCUGCUUCUGCCUCAAGCACAUUCCCCAAGCCGUAGUGUUGAAGUGUUGAAGAAUUGCAUCUUACUGUUUUCCUUAUGUUGGCAAGGGGAAGUGCCGUGCGUCCUACAGGUGGCUCUGUGUGUAACAAGGAUGCACACCAGAGAUAGUCAACAUGGGGCUCUUCAGACAUUGCUGGACUACAACUGUCAUUAUCUCUCACCAUGCUACCUAGGGCUGAUGGGAGCUCAGUAGCAUCUGAAGGGUGCCAUAUUGGUUAUCCCCAAUGUAUACAGAGAACUGGAAAUAUUCCAGAUGUGUGUUUAGUGCAGAAGCAACCAUUGAAGAAAGUCGGGUAAAGUUGAGGAGUGGUUUGCCGAAAUAACUAAACCUGAAGAGUGGCAAAUGUCCACACGAAAAGUGAUGUGAAAAUGAAAGCCCCAAAUGCCUUUCGAUAAAGGAUUUGUGUACGUAAGGCCUUAAGCGUGAGGCUGCCCGAUUACAUUGGGGAUGUGGUUCCUUUUGCCUUUGGUGCAGAUGCACGGGCUGUGCUGUGGGAACAGAGAGCACCAUUCUUCUCCUGUUAUGCAAGGGUUGUGUCUGCAGAAAGUGCAGGAGCUGUCGCAGUAGCAGCGGCUGGCAAGGCAGCCCACCAGGAGGAGUGAGCGCUGGCAGAAGAGUCAGGAGGGGAAUGUGGGGGAGGCGGCUGACAGCUUCAUAGGCAGGGGGAAAGGGGUUUAGGGGAGACAACUUCCUCUCUGAUGUUUGAUUGUGCUCUCUGGGGUUGGCCAAGUAAAUAUCAAAACCUUUAUUGCAUUAGCAUACAGCCAUAGCAAAAUAAGACAAAAAUACUAGAGACAAGCAACCAAACAAAAUUCAAAGCAAUAUUACUGGCGUAAUGACAUUUAAAUUACCCUAAGACAAUAAUGUAAAGAUUUAGUUGCCAGCGCCAAGAAUCCAAAAUGCGGAUGUAUAUAAAACAUAAAAUGGCCCCAAAAUAGGCUCGGCACAUUGGGUUGAAAAAGUAAUAAAAAGAAUUAAAACAGGUCCAGGUCUAGGACACACUACCCAGUCAGAGUAGCCCUGAGUUUCAGAGCCUGCACUAUAAAGAUUGCCACCCCACGUGAAAUUUGGGGAUUUGCGUCCACAAGAAGCGAUUUCAAACAGUCUUCCUUAGAUGUAAUGGUGGACGGGAUCAAGAGGAGGAGCUUAGGUCUUAUUGGCUCAUAAAUAGGGCAGUAGAAAAAGAAAUGUAUGAAGUCCUCUACUUCAUUCAUUGUGCAUGGACAUAAACGCUGAGUAAUAGGGGUCUUAGAGUAAAUCCCCUGCAGGAAGGCCGUGGGUAUAGAAUGGAAACGGGCCAUAGUAAACGCUCUUCUCAAAUUGGGCUCCGUCAGGUCUAUCAAGUAGUUGGCAAGUGAUCUUACCACUUUCACUUUAGGGAGCCACAUGGAGAGGCGAGCUGUAAUGGACUGUGCCCGGUCCAUGGCCUCGUCUCUUGUAAGAAUCCAGGCCCGGAUUUUAUGUUGGUCCCAAGAUGACAGCGUGUCGAGAUCUGGGAGGGAGUAGCGUGCAGUAAUAGUCUCCAUGGCCUUGGACCAUUUGUUGGUAUGAGAACAAGUUAAAAUGGCUUGCCUAGCUAGUAGGGAACCUGGGGCAUUGAAUAAUUUACAGUAAAAACUAAUGAUUCUAAUGUGGGCUCUUGCAACAAUGGAGGGGGGCCCAGUUCUGUUCUUAACUGUGCAGCAACUGAGCCCUUGGGGAGGCCCAGUAUCUUUCGUGCAAAAGAGUUUUGCAGAAUCUCCAGCGAUUGUAGUGUUUUUAAAUUCCACCCCAGAUUUCAACCCCAUACAGUAACAUCGGGAGGACUUUGCUGAUAAAUGCUUUUCUGAUUGGUGGAACCAACUGGCCGCCUUUUGCAUAGAAGAAUUUCUCCAAGGCUUUGAUGGUUCUACGGGCAGCCAGGAUGGUCAUAUUUAGGUGAGCUGACCAGCUAAGCCCAUGCUGAAAAGUGAUACCCAAAUACUUGAAUGCUGAACAAUAUUCAAUAGAGUGGCCCUCAAAAUUCCAGAAAGGCUUCCGAGUUUUCGUGCCAAAAGUAAGAAUUUUGGUUUUGGCGAAAUUGAUUUUGAGGGAGUUGGUAUCACAAUAUGUCAUGAGCCCUCUGAGCAUGUUGUUUAAGCCCUGCUUGGUUAAAGACAGUAUCACCAUGUCGUCCGCAUAGAGUAAUAUGGGGAUCUUGAGCUGUUGUAAAGAGGGGACAGAUUGAUUUAGGGCCUUCAUGGUUGUAACGAUGUCAUUGAUGUAGAAAUUGAAUAGAAAAGGGGCCAAGAGGCAGCCCUGUUUGACCCCUUUAUUCAGAGGGAAAGGAUCAGAUAGAGCUCCCAGAGGGCCGAAUUUUACUCUGGCCGAUAUGUCAUUAUGAAUUUCCAUAAGAAGGUGGAGGAGUCUCUUAUCUAUGUUAGUGUAACUAAGCUUCUGCCAUAGCCUAUCUCUGGGGAUGGAGUCAAAAGCGGAGGUCAGGUCCACAAAAGCCGCGUGUAGUUUGCAGUUGAACCUGUUUAGAUAUUUAUCAAUCAGGGUAAAUAGAACAAGACAUUGGCCAGAUGUGCUGUGACCUUUACGGAAGCCAGCCUGUUCCGGGUGAAAUAGCUUUGUUUCUUCUGCCCACUCGAUUAAUUUCUCUAGCAAGAAUCUAGAGUAGACCUUGUAUGAUAUGUCCAGCAGGCUGAUAGGUCGAUAGUUACGCGGAUCUUGUGGAUCCCCUUUUAUGUAUUGGGAUGACUAUGCUCUGUUUCCAAUUAGGUGGAAUCUUAAGAGUAGCAUUAAUAGUGGUAAAGAGAGAUGCUAAAAUAGGGGCCCACCAUGUCUGGUUCGACAAGAAUACCUCAGGUGGUAUCAUAUCCUCCCCCGGGGAUUUAUCCCCUGAAAGCGUACUGAUUAGUUGUAUACAUCUCUCUGGGGAGACUGGCUCCCAGGUGGGCAAGGCAGAUGCUGGAAGAGUGGAGACAACAUUUACUUCGGGAUCUGGGGCGGAAUACAGCUGAGCAAAGUGAGAGUGCCAACUGGCUGCUGUGAUGUUAUUAGCGAUGAAUGAGGGGGGUCUUAAACCUGCAUUAAUUAAAUUCCAGAAUUUCUUGUCGUCACGGGUUUUAAUGGCCACUGACAGUGCCGUCCAGCGUUCUUUCGCAAAGAGCAAUUUCUUAUGAUGGAGCAGCUUCUUGUAGUAUGAACGGAAUUGGGCUAACUCCCUGAUUUUGCUCUGGGUGCUGUCUGAUUUCAUAUCAGACUGAAGAAAUCUAAGCCUACUUCUGCACUGUUUGCAUUCUUGGUCGAACCAAGUUUGAUUCUUCCAGGUUAGAAUCGCACGGGAAGGUUUCGUAAGUGAAGGAAGCAAGAAGGCUAGAAUUUGCUGGAAAGUUGAGAAAUGAUUCACAUUCAUUGUUAACAGCUGAGCUUUCAGGGCUAGGAUCUCAGGGGAAUUUAGGAGGACUUUUAUGUCUUGCUCCAGAUAGAAAUCCCACUUCUUACGUCCAGGAGCUAAGAUCAGUGGAUCCUGGGGGUGGAGUGAGCUGGGAAACCCCAGCUGUGUGUGGAGGAAGGAGAUGGCGAUUGGCAGGUGGUCACUUUCGGUUCUGUUGAACACAUUGAAACAAUAUGCCUUAUCAUUAAAUGCCGAGGAGGACCAGAUGUAGUCUAUAACGCUUGCCCCUCUAGAUCCUAGAAAAGUAUAGAAUCCCCCGGACCAGUCUUUGGGUGUGCCAUGCAAGCUGUGCAGCCCGCAGUUUAUGGUAAACUCCAGCAGUAUGAUGCCAGCCCUAUUAAUGGUCUUAUCAUGUGAAUUCCACGUAGGAAACCACUCCUCUUCUAUGAAUAAUUGCGACUUAUCGGUGAAUGAGCUUAUAUCUGCUCCGAUUCUGGCAUUAAAGUCCCCCAUUAUAAGGAUCUCUGACUUUGGAAAUUCAGCCACAGAUUUAUCGAGGAUAAAUCUUAAAUCCUCCCAAAGCUGAUUUGAAUGAGAAGAGGAGUAGGUAGAUGGAUUGUACAAGUUUACACAUAUGAAGUCCCCAACCGGGCUGUUAGUGAUAUGUAAAGUUUGAAUGCAAUUACUCUCUAACCAAAAGAGAGGAGAGAUAUUAAGUUGAAGCUCCUGCAAAACAAAUGUUACCAGGCCUCCACUAGGGCGCCCAAACAAAUGUGUUUUGGUCGCAGGAAUCACAAAGGCGUCAUAGCCCAGUAGGGAAGGGGGGGGUGACGAUUCUAAGCACCAGGUCUCUUGUAUACCCAUAAUCUGGAAUUUCGCUAAAAACUCUUUCAUAUCCCCGCCAUCCUGUUUGGACGUCCAUCCCGCCACGUUCCAGGAUAGCACAUUGAAGCAGUUUGAGGAGGGACUAUGUGCUAGUCAGUUACUCUGGUUGCUGGUGGGAGAAGCAUUGCCAAGGGUCUGAGACAGCGCCAGGCGUGAUACAGCCGAAGGUAUCGAAGGGGUGGUAAUUUGAUUGAUGUGGCCAGCAGGGUCUUCAAUAAAGCCUGAGCUGUCUCUUUGCGCAGUGGCUUCCUUAACGUUUAUAUAUUGGCUUGAAGAGGUUGCGGAUACAUGAGGUUCUACCAAAAGAGGUUGACUGGCAAAGGACGAGGAUAUACAGUCAUCUGCCUGGACCACACUGAAUGAGGACUCCAGGUCAGGCAUAGAAGAAUAGGACAUUGACAGAUUACCAGGAUGAGGGGUGUUUGGCGCAUUGCUCUUUAAGGCGGAGGACGAGGUAGCUGAUUGCAGAUCUAUUAGUAGAGGUGAAGGGGGUCUGCGUUGCGACGGUGUAUGAGGAGCUUCCGCCAGGCAGACUGCCAUAUCAUCCGUUAUUGGAGUCCCAGUGAUUGGCAGGGGUUUCUGGGGUGUUAGCCCCUUCAUGACUGCGUUCCUUUGAUUUAAUAGGUUGCUAUGACCAGGUUUUGAGGAGAUUUUCUCUUGAAGUACAUGUGUAAGUUGCUGCUUAAGUGUAUCGAGCCUGUUUAUAACUUCCUGCUGUUCUACUAAUGGCAACUCGCCAUAGGAUGAAAUAAGGUCCCUCUCCUCUGAGGCAGCCAGAUGGCUGGGCCCGCUUUGGUCAUGCUUCUCUGUAGCUGGAAUAGAUAAACCAGGAGGCUUGGGCUGAGAGGGAGGGUGAGGUUCCCGGGUGGACAGCUUGAGUUUCAAGACUAUGUCGCGCCUGUCUGGCGAGCGGAUACCUUUUGUACGAUGCUACGGAAAAGAGGUUUAAUCCUGGUGUCAUUAAAGACUCUCGUUGGGAAGAUGCCCCAGGUGGCCAAAAACGCUUUAUGCCUAACCAGUAUGGAGGGAAUUUUAGGUGACUGGAAGGAGAGCAGUACUUUUUGGAACCGAUGGUGGUAGUAUAAGAGUUUCACUGUACUGAGAUCUAUUAGCGGAGGCCAAAUCUGAAGGAGUUGCCUUAGAUGAUCUUUGACAUCUCUCGGAUUAUUCCACCUUGGGGACCUGGGGUCACUGCUGCGUAUAGUUAGACAUAUUUUGUUUGGUUGUAAGAUCAGAGAUUGAGAGUCCAGUUGAGUUUUUAAGAGGUGACCACCAGUACCACUUUCAUGUCUAACAGGGAGGUACACCUCUGUCCCUUUAAAUCCCUCGGAGGCAGAGUGAGGUUGUGCUGCAGCUCCAGCAAAUGGGCCUCAAGCUUUUGGUGGAGAUUAUUCACCUGCAUGGAGAUCCCAUUUAUGCUCUUAAAGAUGCAGCGCAGGGUCCUGAUUAUUAAUUGGAAAUGAUUGAAUCCCAUGCCAUCGCCCAGGGCCAACUCGGACUCCCCCUUCGAGGUGACUCUCACUUCUUUGUCAUUAUCAUUAGCAUUAUUCGUUGCCUUCGAGUUCACCCUCCACUUCUAUAUCGGCUGCGAGGUCAAUUAAAGGAUUAAAACGAUUGUGGGUUUCAACCGUGUAGCUAUCUUCCUCGUUAUUUCUGCUACAGUUAAGAAAGAAAGAAUCAAUCUUGGACUGUUUGGGCCUCGGGGGAGGCAUUGCCUCAUCCAGGUCCCUUGGCCGCUUGCCAUGGCCCAUAGUGGAGAUUAGGAGAAAUAUCCGCAAUAAUUGGAAAUAUCUUAAUGCACCUUAGAGAGUAUUGCAGGAGGCAGGGGAGUGGUGAGCGAAGAAAAGUAAGGUAAAGUUCGUUGCUUACUUACAAUUCUCAGUCAUUUGUCCGAGUGUCCCCCAGAAGAGAAAAUCAUUUAGCAAUAAGAAACCUUAAACAGGGGAGUUUCUCUUCGUGCCGGCGGUGCAGGUCUGAAGGAUCGUUGUUCUAUGAAGCACACAAGUUUGGCACCACCCAGAUCAAUCCAAAGCAAUCCUCCUUCGUCAAACUUAAUUAAAAUCUGGCAUCACACCAGUGGAGAGUCCAGCAAUUACUUGUCUAGCAAAAGGCAAAACUAAAGUAAAUAGCUUACUCCAGCGGUUGUAAAAUCCAAGUCAGGAGAAGAGGUCGGAGAGAACUGGAAGGAGGAAACUUACACGGUGGCCAUCUUUCUCCUUCAUCCAAUAAAUAAAUAAGUCCAUAAACACAUUUUUGGCUGCAGUCCUAUGCCCCCUUACUUAUCUGGGGGUAAGAUCUAUUGGACAGAAUAGAGACUUACUUCUGAGUAGACGUGACUAGGAUUGCUCUGUUAACUUCUCUAAGGAAUCAACCCAGUAAGUGUCUCUAUUUGAGAAGCUUUAACUCCUCAAAGGCAGAAAGUAUACUUAAGGCUGGGGAAUAGCUCCAGUAUGACUUUCAGCACACUUGCAAGCAGUCCAUUUCUGCUGAGGUUGGUUUGUGGUGGGCUAAAGAGAAGCUGCUUGGUGACUGGGACACUCAGCUGCUGUUUUGUUCUUUGGCUGUUUUACUUGGAUCGCAACAGGAUUUUAGAGAGGCAUUUUUGUGUUUUUGUUUUAAUCUGUUGUUAUUCGCUCUGCCAUGUUGGGAUGGGGCAUGCUGUGAAUUCAGCUAAAUUGGUGUAUAAUUUCCAACUGCUUUAAGAAUGAUGUAAUGUUUAGCCUGCACUUGAUGGCUUUAGGGAUGAUUCCCAUGGAAUCAUCAGAAUUCUCCAUGCAACUUUCUCAGAGGGAAAUCUGUGAUGUGAGGCUGAAUUCUCAAGUUAGGUCCUGGAAUUGAUUUGGUCGGUUGGCUGACCCAUGCUGGUAAAGUUUGCACACAAGUAUGCAUGCACCAGAACAAGUCUAAAAAGUGUGCUAUUCAGAAUGUUACAGUGGCAACCAGUUGAUGGUGCUCUGAGCUUGUCGCCAACUGGUGUCAUUAAGUCUCCCCAGUGCUAUUUUUAUAGAAAAAGUUGCCGGAACUCACCAUGAACACCUCUUGUUCUUUUAUAAUGGCAAUGGCACCCACCUCUGAGUUUCUGUGAGUUCUGGCUGAAAAAAGCCCUGUCUCUCUACCUUGGAACAGAUGAAUGAGUGACACUUUCUGCAGCCAGCCUUGUUAGGUCGGGCUGCCACCUAGGUGGGGUAUUUUGGUGGGCAGGCACAAUGCAGCAACCAAUUCCCUCCCCCCUAACACAUAUGAAGAAGAUGUGAAGGUCAGGCCAGGGAAAGCGAAAGACAGCGAUCUUUCCCUCACUCCACCAUGCAGAGAGAUCCCCAGGGUUUCCAGACUCAAAGGCUUGCCUUUGCCUAUAGCUACAGGCCUCUUUCAUGGAUCUGCAUGUACGUACUAAAUAUAUAAUUGACACAACCAGCUUUGGCAGUACUUACUACCUUUUAAAGGGAAGAGGGGAAAGGAAACUGGAUUUGUAGCUCUUUAAAUAAGAUAUGACUACAGUACUCUCACAUCUGAUGAUGCUGAUUGCCUGUUCAAAGUUGCACCUGUAGACUUAAAUAAUCCCCUGGGUGUUUGUGCAACCCCAGAUGCUGAAUGCAAGGUACUUGACUGUGUAUGGAUGACCCAAUGCAGACUUGCCUUGCUGGAUCAUGAUAUCCCAAUUAAAAUGAAUUAACUGACAAUCUCAAGGUGAGUCUAGACAUUCAACCAACAUUUGUUUCAUGAAAAUGAAUGUUUAUUAUAGCUUGCUAGACUGGAUUCUAACCUGGUGUCUGUAAACAGGUUGGCUAACUUGCAACCGACUUCAUAACAAGACAGAACAACUAAUCAUUGACUAGACAAGAUCUAAGGCUUAUCUACACAGGAUUUGGCAUGAUAAAUGUGACAGGGAGGGGCACCUGCCCUGUACCUGUGCUACCUUAGCUAUAGCAUCAGAUGUGGGGGGUAAAGCAUUAAGUUGUGCCUGAGCUUUCUUUUGCCCUCAUCUCUCUUUGAAUGAAUGCUGGAAGAUUCAGAACAGACAAAAGAAAGUUCUUUAUGCAGUGUACAGUUAAACUAUAGAAUUCACUCCCACGAGAUGUAGUGAUGACCCCAAUUUAGAUGGCUUUAAGCACAGGUGCGCCAUCAAGAGUGCUUUAGGGCUGAUCCUCUUCAUGUCAGCCAUAGGCAUGGCAGAAACCACAUUCCCAGAAUCCAGGCUUCCUGGCAGUAGAGGAGGUGUAUCCAUCAUGGCACGAAGAAAGCCACACCUCUUUGUCCUAGUGCUCUCAGCUUGCCCCUGCUAUCGCUUCACAGCCGAGGCAACUGGGGCACCCUUGUUUCUAUUAAUGCAUGUUCUGCAUCCCCGUGAGUCAUGAGGGUGGCCUGCUGAUUGGCCCAGACAGGCACACUGUCAUGGGACCAUCAUUAAGUUGUGGAUUUCUAACUAGAAGCAUGAUAUUGCUGUGGAAUAAGAGUAAUCAUUUUGUGAUGGGUCAGGGAAAGUAAAAAGUCUUUAAUUGAAGUACCUAAGUGCUUGUAUAGAUGUUCAACUGACCAACCUGUUAUAAUGUAUGUCACUGGGCUGGUUCAGAUGCUUGAAAUUCUCCCAUGGAAAAUAGCCUUGAAUGCAGAGAAGAGGUAGCGUCUGCCUUAUUCCACCCUGGGUGCACAUACCACUAGCCACAUGAGCAAAGCAGUGUGUUUUCCAGCUGCAGUGCUUAAAUCUAUUAUCCUCAGAAAGGACUGUAAAUCGUGGCUGUACCAGAACGGAUGCUAACUUCCUUAAUGCAGCUGUGCCUAUGUGGGUAUUUCACAUGGAGGAAUUUCAAGCAUCUGAACCAGUCCCUGUGUGACUUUCCAGUGGAUGCAAGUCCUUAAGCUACAACCCUGAAGGCAAUUUAUGUGCAUGCAGUCCAUGAGACUCUUGAGAGUCCCAUGGACUGCAAGAAGAUCAAACCUAUCCAUUCUUAAGGAAAUCAGCCCUGAGUUCUCACUAGAAGGACAGAUCGUGAAGCUGAGACUCCAAUUCUUUGGCUACCUCAUGAGAAGAGAAGACUCCCUGGAAAAUACCCUAUUGUUGGGAAAGAUUGAGGGCACAAGGAGAAGGGGUUGACAGAGGACAAGAUGGUUGGACAGUGUUCUUGAAGCUACCAGCAUGAGUUUGACCAAACUGCAGGAGGUAGUGGAAGACAGGAGUGCCUGACGUGCUCUGGUCCAUGGGGUCACGAAGAGUCGGACACGACUAAACGACUAAACAACAACAACAUGUCCUGCUCGAGUUAAGUUCUUUGAGACGGCACAAGAGCUUUGUAAAAAGAGAGGCUCGGUACCUUUUUUGCAAGAGAUCUUUCAGAGCAAUAGUGAUAAGCGCAACUGUGCAACGAAAUGUGUUGAGAUGGUAUUUGCUUUUACUGGUUUGUGACAAGCCACAUCCAGCUCUUGGAUGGAGCCACAAAUAGAUGCAUCCAGACCAUGCCCUCUCAUGGGACCAGUGAGCCAAACCACCUUGUAUUUUGUGUGGUAUCUGGUCAGUCCUUCAGGGAACCCACUAAGCCCCAGCAUGUGAAUGACGUCUCUGCCCCUAGUGAUGGUUCAGAGAGGCCACAUUUGGCAGCAGUGUCCAUGAUCUCCAUACUACACUCAAUGCACCUUCUUGCCUUUUCCCAUAAUAUGGGGCAGUGUAGUAAAUUAAACAGGCCAUGUAGUCCUAACAAUAUAUAUUCAGUUUUGUUUGCUUAAGGUUACUGUUUUAUAUAUACUGACUUGUCCAAUAUCAGCUAAAAAGGUACAGGACUGAACAGAGAUCUGAAUCUAAGUCUCCUUCAGCUAAGAUCAGCCUGUUCUCCACAGAAAUCAGUGAAUACCAUUUCACUGAGCCAGCCUCUGUUGGAGAGUAUGUAAAUUCUGCUUGUGAAAAUGUCUAGGUUGAAAAGAUGAAACAAAAAUGUGCCUUGUGGAGAAGGCGAGGAGUUGGGGCAACACCUGGGAUCUUGGAAGUAAGUGUGCUGGAAAAGAAGGCAAAACAAGGGCGUGCUCUUCCCUAAGGAGGAAGCAAGGUGAUUCAUAUCAAGCAUCUAAAAUUGCUCACGCAACUGGCAUUUUAUUUGCCUAGUUAGGAAUGCUGAAUUAUCAUCUGUCAUACAAUGGGUAUACAGACGAGACCAGUCAGUUAAGUAAAGCUGUCAGAUUAAGGAACUGUAAUGGCAUUAUAAUCAUUUUGUGUGCAAAUUACUUGAGUAACUGCUCCUUGGGUUUAUAAUUCAUGCACAAAACACUGGUCCAGUCCAUUCAGCCUUCUGUGCACAACAUGGUUAGUUAUUUGUUGCAGUUAAGUUUGUUGGCUGCUUGUGUGUGACUGUCUUGAGACACUGAAGUGCUCUUUGGUUAUUGAAUCUGUAUUGAACUGUUUGGGUCUGUUUGUCCACGUAAUAACUCAUGUAGAGGACCAGGAUUAAAGGGAACAAUUUGUCCAGUGGAUCCCAUUGCCAUCCACAAAACAGGGAUGCUCCAGAUGACCUGCUUAUUCAGGCAUCCUGAAUUGCUUCCACAAAGUUUACAGUGUGUACAUGGCUAAAAUGAAGGAAUGCCUUCUUCCCUCUAAACCUGUCUGAUUAAAAUGGUUAUGAAGCUGAUGACUGGGGACUAGGCAUGGAUCAGUCCCAAAUCACCCUGUGCCACUUCUGUGUGUAUGUGUUUUAAAGUCUGCUUCAUUCUGUUGAUACAGUAAAGUGUGGACUUAAACAACAACCCUGCAAUGUAUAAACUUAGCUGUUUGCUCACUGAAGUGGUCCACAUAAAACUUUUGUUGUUGAAAACAGAUAGUAGCCACCUGGAACAGCUACAACAGUGCAGCUCAAAAAUGGGACUGUAAAUGCACCUGGGACCAAUUGUGUGUGGUGAUGUGUUGUUUCUCUCUGGGAUAUUGUGUUGAGGGUGAAGCCAUGCUUUUCUGCCCGUGGAUCCGCAGGGACAGCUAUAUUUCACCCCACCCUGUACAAUCUCCCUGAGAGCAGCAGCACAUGACAUUGUUCUUAAGGCAUUCUUAGCCCUUGUUUUCAAACCUCACAGCAGGAGCCGAACCCUGUAGCUGUUUUUAAAGGGGGGGAUUUUCAACAAAGCCCUUAGACCACCUCAUAGUAUUCAUUAUGGGUCUUGGAUUCCAAAGAAAACCAUGAUCCAACCCAUGCAGAAAUCCAGGAGGUGCUGUUUUUGGAUUGUAACCAUCCUUAAGGGCCUUGCAAGGUGGAGAGUCAGGUUUUGAAUAUGUCAAAUAAUAUUUCUGAAUUGGGAACACCUGUUGAGGCUAAGCGGGUGCAAAUCUGGUCAGUGCUUAGGUGGCCCAUGUAAACUGCCUUGAGGCAGCAAUUCUAUGCACACUUACCAGAGAGUAAGCCCCACUGAAUACUUACAGGACUUGCUUCCAAGUAAAUAUGCAUAGGAUGGGGUUGCAUGUCUUCUAAGGAGCCACGGGCUAUAAAUAUGACAAUGAAAGUUUAGCAGUGGAAAGAAAAGGUCUGCUGAGUAUCAGCAUCAUGGGAAAACUGUGAGUGUUUGAUCUAAUAUUCUAAACAUGAAGGGUCAGUGUCUACAGAAAUAGAUUCCCUCCCUCCACCCCUGACCUCUUGCCUUUGUGGGCAGGAUUCCACUGAAAGCACAUCUGAUGAUGGUUUGGGAUAUGGCAGCAUAAUAAUACUAUCCAAUUACAAACAAUUCUGCCUAAAGGCAAAUAUUCCGAUCUUAUGGGAUCGGACUGUGAUUCCCAUGAAGCAAACAUAUCAGGCUACUUAUGCUGCAUAAAGUUAAUUUAUCUAGGUCAGACUUUUAAAAAUUGAUGCUUACCAGAGGCCGUCUACCAAUUGUGUCUUAUAUGUGUUCUUCCUUCAGAAGACGACUAGUGUAGGUUUUGUGGCCUUAAAAUUUAGUGUAGGGCAACACUAGAGUCAUUUAACUUGUAGCUUAAAGGAUCUAGCAGCAAAAUUUCCCCCUCCUACUCCCUCCCACCCCAGUGCAAGCAUUUGUUACUGUACUUCAUGGGGAACACUGAAAAACUCCCAGGUUAUUGGGGUGAUUUCAACAAACACUGAAACAGGAAGCCAUACUUCCUUUUGGAGGGGCUUCUUAUGUAGCGUUGAACAAGGGAGUUUGGGGGCUGUAAGAGACAUGCAUAGAAUCUGAGAAACUGCACUUCCUAGAGUUUGGAUUCAAAGGGUCUUUUUUUCUUACUUUUUUGGUUAGGAUCCUUUCCUGGUUUAAGGCACACUGGGAAGUGGGAGGGGAGAUAAUAAGGCUUCAUUUGCCUGGGAGUAAGCCUGACUGAGCUCAGUGGGACUUGCUAUUUAUCAGAUUGCACUGUGAGUGGAGGGAGCAACCUGUGAUGUAACUGUAACAGGCGGACCUUAAUUUGGACUUGGACUGAGGCUCACUUGGACUCAGCCUUGGAAUGUGUUUUGAAAUCCUGCAACAUGUAAAUUAAUGACAGGUGCAUUGGAGGCUGCAUUCAGACGGAACUUUGUUCCAUUUUUCCAUUUUCACAAUGCUUCCUUAGCUGAUAAUUUCCAUGUUUUAAGUGAUCUUAAAAAGCCACUUUAAAAGCCACUUCUGGCGAUGUAAAAGCCACUUCUGGCAAACUAGCGGAAGUUCAGCACUCAUGUCUGUGUUAAUUUGCUUCCAGAAUAAAUUUGUUUGCAACCCCAUUAACUCCAAAAGUCAUUGGAGCUUUGCCUUGUAAUUUUACGUGAUGACCUUUCAGAUGGUAUUCCAGCAUACUGUUCUUUCCCAGCAUUUAAAAUUUAGCACAACACGGUGGUGUAUUAGUCUAACAGCCACAGCUCCAUAGCACGACUGGCAAUGCAGUGUAAAAGGAACAUUAGAAUCCUGGAUAGAAGCCCUAGCCCUAUAGUUAGGAGAAUCAGUUCAAUAAUUCCCUUGUCUGAAUGCACCCUUAGUCAUACCGAGUAGCUCUUGAACACUGGCCAUCGCUGUAUCUUCCAAGUAAGCUUGAAGCUUCCCUUCUCUAUCCAGGACUUAAGUACUUGUAGUGAAACCACUUGUCCUAGAGACCCUAGCUUUAAACCUCGAUAGUAUUAAUGGAACAGACCGAUGAGUAGCUUGUUAUAUUCUCAAAGAGCAUGUAUUUUAACUGUCUUCAAACAAACAAACACACAGAUAUGUAUAAGGCCACUUCUUGAAUGACUGUUGCAUGUGGACUGGGCCUGCCUGCCAUAUGGCAGAGUGGGGUGGCUGCCUCAGGCAGCAGAUGCUGAGUGGCAGCGAAGUGUUGGAGGACAGAAUCUGUGUGUGCCACACAAUCUUCACUGUGCCCUGUGUGACAUCCUGCUGCCCUCAGGUGUGGUGAAGGAUGUUCUGCCCCUGGUUUUGAAAACAAGUUUCAGCUGCCAUCCUGGUCGUCAUCUGCACAUGGAAUGGGAGGGGGAGUACUGUCUUGACCUUUGCCUCAGGUAGCAAAAUGUCCUGCUACAGCCUUGUCUGUGGAAUCGAUAUGCCUGUUUUCAUGGACCCGGCAGCUUAUUGAUUUUUAAUUCUGUGUAGGGCAUGACUACUCUAUCUUGUUUGCAUUCACCAGGUGAUUUUGAACAACAAGGGAUUUGAGUGCACGAGAAUUAUUGGAUUUCUUUUCUUGUUCUGAAACUUUUGUGGAUAUGACUUUUUAGCUAGUGAGUAUAAUCUAUAUAUAGUAGCCGAUUCCCUCCACCCACCCUCCCUCCCUCCACCACCCUCUUAAAAGACAAAGAUCCUAUAGCACACACUUUGUAGGUCAUAAUGGUGACCCUGUUCGGUUGCAACGAUGGAAGUUUUGCUGGCCUGCUUCUGUAAGGUGUAAUCAGUUUGCAACAUACUGAUUCUUUGCCACCCUCUAGCACACUGUCUAAAGGGACACGGGUAGCACUGUGGAUUAAACCACAGAGCCUAGGACUUGCCGAUCAGAAGAUCGGCGGUUCGAAUCUCCACGAUGGGGUGAGCUCCCGUUGCUCAGUCCCUGCUCUUGCUAACCUAGCAGUUUGAAAGCACGUCAAAGUGCAAGUAGAUAAAUUGGUACCGCUCCGGCAGGAAGGUAAACGGCAUUUCUGUGCGCUGCUCUGGUUCACCAGAAGUGGCUUAGUCAUGCUGGCCACAUGACCCGGAAGCUGUACGCCGGCUCCCUCGGCCAAUAAAGUGAGAUGGGCGCCGCAACCCCAGAGUCGGUCACAACUGGACCUAAUGGUCAAGGGUCCCUUUACCUUUACCUUUAGCACACUGUAUUCCAGAUGUUUUUGACUACAACUGCCAUCAGCCUCAGCCAGCACACUUGUAGCCCAGAACUGUCAACUGUUAGGGGUGGCAAGUGCUGCUGUAGCACAGAAGCAGAAGCUGAAGAAAUGGCUUUGCAAACAGGGAGAUAUAUUGACUUGUGCUUUCUCCUCUUGCCUCUGACCAGUUCUUGGGUUGGAAUGUGUCUGGCCGCUCAUGGAAGUCUGUGUCCCUGAAAGGCUGCUCACCAGCCUGUUGAGGCAAGCCCUUCUGCCCUCCCAGCUGUGCUGUGAAUCGGUGAGGAAGUGGCAGAGGCAGUAACAAAGAUACCAGGUUUGCGGUAAAUAGAUGUAAAGAAGAAAGAAAUGAGUCACAACUUGGACCGGCUCAGUGUUUCCGCAUUACAGCCAGUAUUCUAUUCACUAGUGGAUUUCUGGUCCAGCUUCCCUUGUUUUGUUUUUUUGUUUUGUUUUGCGUAUAAAAACCUACUUCACAUGAACUGCUAGCAUGCCAGGAAGAAGGGUAAUUUAUAGCCCUUCUCUCUGAUAUGCUUGUGUUCUUCUACAUGCUAAAGGAUGUCUUUUUACACAUGGGGGAAGCAUCUAACAAUUUUCCAUCAGUUGGCUAGCCAGUUCCAAUGUGCUAUUUUGGCCUAUUAAUUUUCCAUUAGCUCUUAGUUACUUACCAUUAGGAGAGGUUCUGAGCACAAUGACAAGAUAUUGCCCUAUUCUUCUCCACUGCAGCUGUGGAGUUUGAAGUUUCAAAUUGGAUGGAUCAUGUGUGUUGGGAAUGAUGGGUCUCAAAAUAUACAGAUCAUCAAGCCACUAGAGGCAGCAGCCUUCCCCAAUGUGAUGCCCUAGAGCUGUUUUAGACUAUAACUCCCAUUAUCCUUUGCCACUGGCCAUACUGGUUAUAGUUAGCAGUAUCUGGUGGGCACCAGUCUGGGAAGGCUUGUGUUACAAGAGUAUCUCUUGAAGCUAAUAGGUUAUGUGAGAUCUGUAGCCUGAGAAGAAUAUUAAGACGAACAUGACUGAAGGUCUUGUGUGACAGGCCAAAAACUGCAUUGUGUGGAUCACAAUUGGAGACUGUUUUGCCCUUUGUAUGUUGUACUGCCCUGCUUCCUCAUUUCCUACCAAACUGUGUGUAUUCAGGACAUUGUUCUUAUGAGAGGAAGUGUUUCCACAACAUUGGCAUUUCUAUGAUGUGCUGAUUUGCUUUCUUCGGUUUUCAGUGCUGUUAUUUAGGCCUUCCUCCAGUUUUUUAACAUGCCCCCUUGAGACUUCUAAAAGACCCCAGAAGUAAUUUUGAGAGAACAAUUAAUAGAUUCCAGAAAGUGUUCUUUUUAAUAUGAGAAAGGGGUGGGGUGGGGGAGAGAGAACCUGAUAACCAUCUAAUUUUUAGCUGUAUCCUUUUUUUCAUAAUUUCCUGCAUUAUAAAAUCUUUGGACGGAAGGGCUGGGAAGUAACUGGAGAUCUUUUAUUCAGUCCAACGCUUUGAAGAAUCCUGACUUACGCCAUAGACAAUCAUAUCUUAUGAGUUUUCCCAUAUCAACUAGACUCUGGUUGCUGGGGUAUAAUGUGCUAUAUAAUUGGAAGGAAUAGGUGAACAGAAUGCACCUUGCUGAAGAUAUUUGUAGACAAGCAAAGCCUAGCUAGCAUGGCAUGAUCUCUCUGUCAAACUGGCCUCACAGAGUUCUUGUGAGGAUAAAAAGCAACUCAGGGUAAGAACAGCCAUGUAGAUAAUUUUGAAAUCCUUGGAGAAAAGGUAGGAUAUAAAUGUAAUAAACACUGGUAAUGUGAUGACCAGUAACUAACUAAUCAUAAUUGGCAGGAAUGAAUAUACCCCUCAUUUUCUACAUCUGUAAUGAACUUCACAAACUAACAGAUCACUUGGAGCUAAAUGAGAGGCAUAUGUGCUUCUUAAACAUGCAAUUGCUGUUCUGUCAAAACAACAAGCAUACUAGGGAUGGAAUGAAAUAUUUCCCUUUCCACAUGCCACUGAUUUUAAGAUGGUCCCCCCCCCCCCAGCUUGGUCAAAAAUCAAAAGUGAGCAUGGUCCAGCAAAGGGGUGUGGGGAUGUCUUAAAGCAGGGGAGCAUGGGGGGGUGUGUGACCCCAUGUGUUAUCCAGAUCUCAAUUGUUCUGAUUAAUGUUAAUAGUCUGCAUAGUGUUAAAAGUUCCUGUUUUAUAACUGAACCAGCAAACACACACUUAAUAAACAUAUAGAGGUCAGUUUGAUCCUUUAAUACCAUAUAUUUGCAUCAUCAUCGUCAUCACCAUCAGUGCUUAAAUGUCAAGAUUUCCAUCAAAUCGUAUGAUAUAUUUUUAAAAGGUCACAUUUAAGAUAUUCUUUUGCCUUCUGGUGUAACAUGAGGUUUCAAAGCCUAAAGCUAACGUGCUCAUCAGAACCGAUAUGAUACUUUUUUGCCACAACUGCUCCGCUUUUGCCCAGGUGGCACCGAGCACAAUCUGAUCAUGAAGGUAGCAACCCACAGUCUGUUCCAAGCAGAACGUACUAUUUUCAGCAAUGCAGUAUAAUGAUUAAGAAAGCUGUGAGCCAGGAAGUCCCAAAUGCAAAUCUUGCAGCUGCCAUGAUCACGCUUGCCUAGGUCAGGAAUGGGGAACACGCUGCCUUCCAGAUGUCACUGGACUGCUGUUCCCAUCUGUCCCUGACAGUAUGGUCAGUGGUCAGGGCAGAAUAGCCAUGCUAUUCUUGGCCUCAGUCCAUUUCAUAUGUCAUAUGGGUAGAAAUUGCAUAGCUUCAAUGGCCUAUUUACUACAAAAUGUGGGGGAGCAUGGCAUGACAUUGGCUGUGCUACCAAGCUGAACUUCAAAGAGGCUUGGAAAGCGGUGAGGCAACUUGCUGCUUUCAUAGUCUGGGAGAGUCCCUGCCUCUCCUUCAGGCUGAGGACAAGGAUGGGGAAAUCCCCUAGCCUCACACUGACUUUGGAAAGGCUUAAAUGGCUGCCAGAUGUCUUGCACUUUCACAGCUUCUUGGAGAUUCCUUGCAAGAUUUGGGGGAUUCCCUGUUCUACUCUCAAGCCCAGGGUGGUUUCUGAGCCUUUCCAAAACAUCCAGGCUUCUGGUAAGUGUGGGUCUUGUCUUACUAUAACAGGGCAAUCUGACCUCUCAGACCAAGUGGGCUGCAAAAAUACUUCAACGCAGAACCCAUGGGCCACACACUGAAUUAAAUUAAGGUGUUCUCUCCCCCCCCCAGUACACUACAGGACAGUGUGGCCUGUAGCCCCCUCCCCAGUCUCUCAUUCGCCCAUCUGUGGUCCUCCAGAUGCAGAGGCAUUUGGACAGGGACUCCCCAUCAUGGAGGCAGUAAUGCUCCUGAAUACCAGUUAGGGGAAACCACAGGAGGGGUGCUCUUGUGCUCCAAUCUUGCUUGUGGGUUUCCCACAGGCCUCUGGGUGACCACUGUGAGAACAGGAUGCUGGACUAGAUGGGCCAUUGGCCUGAUCCAGCAGGCGGCUUCUUAUGUUCUUAUACAUUCUUAGCAAGAUGGCACAUGAAUCUGUGGACCCCUGGAUACAAAGAUAGCAAUGAUAGCCUCCUUUGUAGGGCUCAUAUAACAGUUGCUGAGAUCAUAUAUGUGGAGUGCUUUGAAUGCUGUAAAAGUGCUGUUAUUCUUAACGCAUGGCCACUGGUACUAGAUGAACAAGCCCUCAUUAUGCAAAACUCGCGUGCAGAGCUCAAGUGUGUUGAAAAGUGACUUGGACCAUUUGUUUAGCCCUGUCACAAGAGUCACAUUGCUUCUCCUCCAUCCACCUUUGAGGUCCUUGUGUUGAGGAUAAUGCCUGCAGCAGGGAGCUUUCUCUGUGUAUGGAGGCUGCCUGUGUAAUUGAGAACCCUGAUCAGCUUGCCUCCUAAACAUCAGUAACAUACGAAGAGCACUAUUCAGUCCUAUGCAUCCUGCAAGGAACUUGAGGAAGUGUAUCCUGUGCAUUAGAUUAAGCUGGGACCUGCCAAGGCCACCCAGUACUGAAACAUGAAUUUGAACCCAGACCUCUCCAGUCCAGGUUCAACACUCUGCUCUCUACAGCACAAUAAAGAAUUCUACUUCCAAAGUGAAAAACUCAUUAGAAAGUCAUUGCAAUGUAUCUCUGAAGCAAAUAUAAGCAGAAAGCACUAAUUCACAGCAAGCUGAAAUAGCAACAACAAGAGCAACAACAGAUAAUUUUUUGUGGCUGUUUUUUUCUAAACAGCAUGCGUAAUAAUAAUAACUGAUUAAUUGGGAGGUGUCAAAAAUAUGCAGAAUGUGAGUUAGGGUUGCUAGACAUCCAGUCAAGCUAUUUUUGUAUAGCCUAGAAACAGAGUUAAGAGUUCUAUUUUAGUUGCGUGUAACCCAGACAAUGACCUUUUCACUACACUGGUAACUCCAUAUGCUCUGCUCCACCUCACCAUAUCUAUGGACAAAUAAGUGUGCAGCCUUUGUCAGAGUAAUGUGAGUUUCUUGCCAAGAAGCUUUUGGGUUUGUGAAGUGAGCACAUUUGCAUUUUCUUAAUUACUUUGCAUAAUUUAUUCUACUGCCAAGCUUCAGGGAAGCUAUUUCAAAUAAUUUUGAUUAUGGGGCAUAUAUUUGGAUGGCAGAGAGGAAAGGCAUAUAGCUUGACAGCAGGCAGACGACAUAGACAGGAAAAAGUAAAUAUCUGAGCCCCAAAGACCCCUUAUUAUUUGAGACACUUCUUUUAGUUCCUCCUUAUUUCUGAACCUCUCCCAGAAUAUACCAAGACAUUACUCAACUUCAGCACUCACAAGUUUUGUGUGCCUGGUGCAAAUCUAAAUUUGACAUUACCACACUACUGUAAUUAAAUUAGAACCUCUUGUUCUUUAUACACCUAGACUCAGUUUAAAUGUGAUGUCCACUGCAUGGCUAUGAGGUUGACAAAUGGCAAGAUGGCAUCAUCCCUCAGAUCAGUAUCUCUGAAGACAAUUAUUGACAGGGCCAGUCUUAGCGUUGGGCAGAGUGAGGCCACCACCUCAGGCAACGUAUGCUGCAGAAUAAGUGGGAGGCCCCAUUAGCUAAAGUGGUACCUCAGGUUAAGAACAGUUUCAGGUUAAGAACGGACCUCCAGAACGAAUUAAGUUCUUAACCCGAGGUACCACUGUACUUCAAGAAAGCAAAUGAUUGUAGAAUGCCCGAGUUUCAAGUGUUAAUCCUCUCAUCUUCAAGAGUUGGCUUCUGACUUUAGAAAAUACUUCAGUAAGAGGGUGCAGAAGAAUGCAAAAUGGGCAUGAUUGCAGAUUCUUGUGGUCACGUGACUAGGUAGUUACAGUACCAGAUUAUACAGCAACUCAAAUGUUUACUCAGACUGAAUUCCUUGGGCUUGGUCUCCUAGAAAGUAGGUUUAAAGUGAGUACAGUCGUACCUUGGAUCCCGAAUGCCUUGCGACGCAAAGGUUUAUCUGCUGAACACCACAAACCCAGAAGUGAGUGUUCCGGUUUGCAAGCUUUCUUUGGAAGCCGAACAUCCAACACAGCUUCUGCAGCUUCUGAUUGGGUGCAGGAAGCUUCUGCAGCCAAUCGGAAGCCGUGCCUUGGUUAUCAAAUGUUUUUGGAAGUCAAACAGACUUCCGGAAUGGAUUCCGUUUGACAACCAAGGAACGACUGGACUUCCCAAUUUAAACUAACUAUAAAGGCAUUUCCCAUGAAUGUGGCACUUUGGGGAUUACUGGCAUGCAGACCCUGGACGUUAGAAGGUACUUCAUGCAUCAUUUCUGAGUUUGCAGGCAGCAACCAUUGCCGGGGAAGGUCCAAUUUAACAGCUAAUGCAGCAGUCCUGAUAGUUGCAGCUACUCCAAUGUCCCAUGCUGUAAAUAAGUAAAACUGUGAAGACAUGCCUGCACCCCUUAACAUUCAGUUGUCAUGUGGCUGCAGAUUCCCAGAGUGAGUCUGUCGUAUGUAGAAAUGUCCAACCUGGUGCUUAAUGUCAAUGUCCUGCAGGUGACAUUUUAUUAAAAGCAACAACAUUGCAGGGAAUUCUUAGAUUAGAACUAUAGGUGUAGCUGACACUAGCAGUUUAAAUGAGCAAUUUAUUUUAGUUACAUGCCUAGAUUAUGAUAAGGCUACACAAAUAAAUCUAUUGUGAAGUGACUUAACUUGCGAACAGACUGCAUCUUGGCAUAAACUUAUUAAUUUAGUUUAAGGUUUCCAAUAAAAAGAACAUGUAAUUUUGGUAUUUACUUUCCUGAAUUCCUAACCUGUAUAUCUUUCGUGCUUUGAUGCUGUUUUAAAUUACUCUGUUUUCCCAGAUGUGCUUUCCCUUUGUUCUUCCCCAGCUUUUAUAGUUGAUCUAUGCACUAUUGUACAAAUCAAAGUACAAAUGAUAUACUCCCCUCCCCAUAGCCCAAAGCAGUGUGUGGCAGAGAGUGGAAACCGAUGAGUGCAAAUUUGUAUAGCUUUCAUCCACUUUGCAAAUUUCACAAUAAUUAUGGAGCCAUUAUGUGCAUUUUGAGUACAGAUGCAGCAUAAACCUGCACCAAAAUGAGGAUAAAACAUAUUGUUUUAGUUUUUUAAAGUUAAUCUGGUGCUCAUUUUGACUGAAAUGAAAUCUGACAUUUGGCAUAGCAUCUCUAAAUUACAGUUUGGUCCAUUAAAUUAUUAAUUCGUGAAUUGCUUGUCUAUAUUACACAAAUAUAUUUAUUAUACUGCCCUUCAAAAUCAAACUAGUUUCUCUUUACUACUCACACAUGUUGAGUUGCAUCUUGAUUUGAGCCCCAUGUGCACCAUACAUUUAAAGCACAUUUCCCCCACUCCCAGAGUCCUGGGAACUGUAGUUUAUCCCCCAUAGUCAAAAUUCUCAGCAUCCUUAACAAACUACAGUUCCCAGGAUUCUUUGGAGGGGGGUUCUUUAAAUGAUUUGUAUGCAGUCUAGGUUAGCUAGUUCCCACUGCAAUUGGUGAGACUUCAGGUAUGACUAACUUGUCCCAUUGAUUUCAAUGGGACCUAAGUUCAGCUAAACUAAAUAUGGAUCCAAUCCUAAAUUCAGCUAACUAAAUAAGGAUCCAAUCCAAGGUUUCAAGACUAGAUUUUGACUCAUGGUUGGUAAUCUGCGGAAGGACUGAUAGAAUAGCAGAUAGACUCUAAAAUAAAAUAUAAAAAGUGAUCUGAGCAGGCCUUUAGCUAACCAUACAGAUUUUGCCAUGAAAUUUCAUUCCCAUGCUAGUCUGAGUUUUUGUUGGAAUCUGACUCUUUGCAACAUAUGUUCUUGUUUCUCUCAAUAAACAUAACUGUCUUGUUGGCCAGAAUCUAGGGGAAACACCAGCAAGGCCAACAUUUGUCCUGAUGUCCCUCCAGCAAAACCAAGAGCAUGAUUUCAGGACUCAUUGUGGUCCAAAAAGAAUCUUACAGUUAUAUUAACUUUGAGACAUCUAUGUUUGUCUUUGAUACAUGCUGUUGAAUAAAUUAGGAAAUAUAAUUGCAAAGAAGGAGACACUGCUGCUAAUAGAUUAAGUUUGCAGACUGUUGCACAAUUUAUAUAUAAUAAAAUCAGUUGAAAUAUCAGCACCUAAUUAUCCUAGAAACGGAAAGUUCCUAGGCUCAGUUAGCUGCAGUGAGCACCCACUUAAAGCAAUGGGACCUAUACCAUUGAUUUCUAAGGGAACUAAGUUCAGCUAAUUCUGGAUCCAACCCAGGAUUGUUAAGAAAAUUGGAAAAGUAAAGCCUGUAUUGUGUAAUCAGGUAGACCAUGUUUUUUAUUGGAACUUAAUUCACUGAUUUGUUGUCAAGCUUGUUAUUUGUGUUAUGCAGAAAAUAUUAAGUAGUUCAGUAAGAUUUUCUUUUGGUAAUCAGUUUUUUAAAAGUGCACAGCCUCAUUCAGAGAGAACAGAUCUGGUGAUCUAAAUCAUAGGGUCCGUUUGCCUAGAUUUAUACUGGCAUGAAAUCACAGUGGGAAACAUUUGAUUUUGAAUAAUUUGAAUAAGAGGAAAGUUAUUUCUUUCGGGUCAGAUUCAUAGAAAUCCAUUUCUUGGGCAAAGCUUUUAUUGCCCCCACAUCUUACAACACAGCUGUUGCAUAGAGGUGCUUCAGCUGUCCACUGUGACCCAUGCUGCAAACUGUUCUGUGUGUAUUAGUUCACCAUGUAGCGGCAAGGAAACAAGUUGUGUCGUCGAGGCCCAUUUAUUAUCUUGCUAGUGGCCAGGAGUGGGAACCUGUGGCCCUGAAUAUGUUGUUGGACUCCGAGCUCCAGUCACCCUCUGACCUUUGGCUCUGUUACCUGGGGCUGACGGAGACCAACAGGGUCUGCAGAGCCCCAAGUUCCCUCACCACUGCCUUAAAUCAAGCCCAUAAAAUGGCUUGAUACAUCAUCUGAAGACCUCAGAUCAGUAUCUCUGAAGACAAUUAUUGACAGGGCCAGUCUUAGCGUUGGGCAGAGUGAGGCCGCCACCUCAGGCAACGUAUGCUGCAGAAUAAGCGGAAGGAUCGGUGGUGAGACAUUGGAAGAUACAGCUGUGUUUGCCAUAUGACCUGCCCUCCCUGCUGCCUUAAGGCAUGAUGGAGGAUGCCCUUCCAUCACCAGAGUUGAAGUGACAGUCACCUGUUGUUCAGCCAACUUCUGGAUGUGGAAAUGAGGGGGGGGGAUGCCACCUUUUCCCCUUUGCCUCAGGCACCCAAAAUGUCUUGAGUCAGUCUUUGUUAUUAAUGAACACUGCACUGUUAACUUCCUUGAAGAGAAUGGAUAUUAUGUAAGAGUUUGGUCCCAAAUUAUGCCUUUGACUCCUUUUAAUCUGUAAUAUGGAAAUCAUAUGGUCUUCAUUAGGAUGAUAUUGUGUAGAUGCCAAACUGUUAUGUGAGGCAGAUCUACAGCCUGUUCGCAAAGGUUCACAAGGCAGAUGAGGUAACAGCAGUUCUUUACUCCAUUCACUCCCUGAGAAAUAAAUGGAGGCGAGGUUUGCUCAGUACCAUUACAUGGGACCCUAGUAGAUUUGGAUUUCAACCUCAGUUUCCAAGAUAUACACCCAACAUUGUAUGCAGUGGACAUUGAUGGCAUGGAAGCAUCCAUUUACUAUGGGACAUGGUGUCUGGUACUUGAAAUGAUACAUACCUUUCAAGUUAUAGCUUCAUUAUAUGCAGGAGGUUCCAAGUUCAAUCCCUGCCAUCUUCUAUUUCAGACAGAAGACACUGGUAGUCAGUGGAGACAGUACUAAACUAGAUGGGUGGAGCAAUGGCCUGGAUGCAUAUAGGGAAUCCUCCUGUGUUUCUGUGUGUAUGACAGCUUCCUAUAUACAGUACAGUAUUUUUUAUUUAUUAAAUGCUUUAGCAUGAUUGCCACUUGGUGCAAUACCACCGGUUUCCUUUGUGUGUCUUUUUCUCUUAUAUAAGAAUUCAAGAAGUGUUGCUUCCACCACUGGUCUAUUGGUUACAGGGGUGCCAAUAUGGGGGGGGGGAGGCAGGUAAGCCCCAGCCUGCAUAAUUGAUCACAAAUAGUGGUGCAUGCAAACCAUUUGAAUGGCAAUGCCCAUCAAAUUGGGUGGGGGGUGGCCCCCUCACAUAUUUUAUUGGAAGGGAUCUUGGGCCCCUAGGAGUUGGCAAUGUAACACGUAUUUCAUGAGGACGAAGAGGAAUCUAUUACUAUAGAUAGACCUUCAAGCCCACUGCUCAUAGCUUUUUUCUGGAAAUCAAAAGAACAAAGCCCUAUCUAUUUGAAAUCAGAGAGGAUAUUUAGAUUAGGCAGGAUGUAGCUGCUAAGAGGGGAUUUUGAUUAGGCAGGAUGUAGAAUGCAGUCACAGUUGCUAUUAUAAAUAAUAUAAUCUAACUUCUCUCUCUUACUCACCAGACAGUUUUAUUAAAAGAAGAAUACCCCCAAGCUCUGUAAUGGCUAACAUCCUGGGCACUUCCUAGCCUGGGUCAAAGCCAGUCAGUCUGCUGCCUUCAUUGAGUCACGCACAUGCUAGCUAGCUGGUGCUCUCUCACAAAAGAUGUGUAGCCACAUGACUUGUGGAGCAGGUAAAUUCCUAACACUCUGAUUCAUUUUGCAGGAAUAAGCUGUGUGAGGUGAAUUAUUAUGUUUCUGUGACGAGGUGUGUCUGUCUUAGUUCUCUCUUGGAGGUAACACCAUUUAGAUCUAAGCAGUGACAGUCAAAUAUGGACCCAGUGUUCUGUGAAUCAACAGCCAAGCUUCAAUUUAAAGUAGAGCAUGGAAAGAUGGUCAGAAUCUGGUCUCCACCACCUAUAUCUUGCUGUUACAAUUUUCAUGAUGACACUGGAUUCUUAGCCACUGAUACAAAAGAAUAGGACAUUAUUGAUUUUGCCUACUGCACCCACAUGCAUAUUGAGCAGGCUAUUGCUGCCAGUCUGAUGAUUCUGUACACAGUCCUGCUCUCGGUUAGUUAGGAACACUCAACUUCAUUUAGCAUGGGACCCUGUUUAUUCUGCAACAGGAGGAUUACGUGAUGCACAUGUGAUCAAUGAUCUAUGGUUGGGCAGCUGAUAAGUAGUGAGACAUGGUUCAUGUAUCUGGUCCUCUUGCUUCUGUUGUUUACAUAGAUAGGAUGUGCCCCUUGGGUGCAAUUUGCCAGCAUUCCCACUUAGUCAGUAUGUGUGGCACUUCACCUUUCAAACUGAACUACUUUGUGUUUAAAUUCAGAAGCUGCGAUUUACGGGAAAGCACAGGAACUUUGCCAAUGGUUGCCAUGAGAUAUCAUGAAGGCCAGUAGUGGCCCAACUCCUCCAGCAAGUUGAAACAAGUGCACAGACCAUACACUCAUCCUUGGAUCUAUGAUAGGAUAGUCAAAUAAUGCACAUGUCUGCUCAGGGUGCCUAUUAAUCUUUCCAGGCAGGAAAUUAAAGUCAAUUUGGACCUUGCAGAAAAAAGGGAAUAGCAGACCCAUGAAUCAUUCCCAUUUCCAAUGUAAUGUCAGAAGCAGGGGCAUGUGACUCACACAGUGAAUUGGAGUUAGAGUUCACACCUAAAUCAAUAGCCUAUUAUUUGGAGUAAAAGAAGCUAGAGGACCCUGAUCUGUGACUUUUAUUGCCUUGGACUACUUUAUUCCCUGAAGUGUAUUUUCUCACUUUUUCAGUGCAGUUCUAAAUGCUCCAAGUCACAUGUUGGUCCUACCUUUUUCCUUAGAAGAUUAAUCUGCAGCAUUUUAGCGUCUCAUCCGUCUUCCACAUAUAGGAGUUGGCUUUCAAGUGUUCCGAUGACAGUUGGGGGCCUAUGCAACGCAAUCACUGUUUAUGACUCCUAAACACUAUUUGUUCCCUUUGAAAAAACACACAACCCUUUUAAAGUCUUGGCAAUUGACAGUACAAGGCAUGUAUCUGCACAGCGCAAAAGAUUAAAAUAAUCUGCUUUCUUAGCAGGAUUGGAAAAUCCCAUUUUCAGAUCAAAGCAGCCACCACAUUCUCCGGAGCCAAUGGACAGAAAGCACCCUAGUGAGAGAAUUCAGCAACCAAAAACUUUGCUGGAAAAUACAGUUAUCUUCAGUAGUGUGGAGGCAGUUAAUUAAGCCCAUGCUGAUUGCACCAUGGGCUUGUGGUUACCUGUGGUUACUGGGCGUCUGUAGCAGAGCCCUAUAAUACAAGCAGGGAGAGGGAAAAUGGUGUCUCGUAAAGAAAUAAAGAAAUGCGUACUGAACUGUUACUUGUUGGUUUCUAUUUCCCUCACUGAGCAGCAACUGCAGUCACAAGACAUUGUUUUGCAUUCCACAGUCAGAGUUACUGUUGGAGUUUCUCACGGGAAAGGGAGACUGGAUGUGACGUACACUGGUUUCCUGUUUUUCACUGUGUGAUUCUCUCCAAGCUGUCGAGGAGAGAGGAUGCAUUUUUCUGCUCCUGCAGACGCAAGAUGUCUUUCUGUAAUAUACCAGCUUUGAACUGUAAAUAAAGCAAUAUAGAGUAUGGAGCACAUUUUCCUCAUCCUUCCGCUGGGCACAACAGACUCUGCUUUAAAUCAACACGUGGUUAUGGACUCCAGAGGUCGAAUCGGAGUGCCGGCAAAGGAUCGGAAUGCAGAGGGAGGACAGAUCGGAACGGAAUCUGCUCUGCGCGUAGAAAUGAUUGAUGAGGUAUGUGCUACUGCUCCGGGCAGCCUGCCAGCUUCAAAUUAAUGGCUUUAUGGCUGGACUUUGAACUUUUAAAGCCGGUUUUGCCGGGAAUAGGCAAAAGGCUCCCAGGCACAAGUCACUAUGCUGGGGAAAUCGAAAGUAACUUUUAAGUGUGCCUUUGUAAUGAGGCAGCUGCAGCAGUGACGCAGCAAGAUUUAAAGCAGCAUAUGACGCUGAAGGCUAAUGCCAGAGUCAUGAUGGCCCUUCAGGAUGCUUGUGGGAUUCCUAAGCUCAACAAGAAAAAUUAUAGCGACUGGGUUCAGUAUGCAGAGGCAAUUCUGCGGAAAGAGGGUUUGUUUGAGGUGAUUACAGGAACCCCCCCAGUUCCAGUUACAGAUGCAUGGGAAGCUAAGGAUUCCAAAGCAAGGGGAACUCUUACAUUGAUAGUAUCCCCAGAAGAGCUCUGUCUAUUGCGUGAUAAGACCUCAGCCAGAGAAAUUUGGGACGCUCUGAGAGAGGCUCAUUUAAGGACAGAAGCUGGAUCCACUAUGUUUUACUUUAACAAGCUGCAUAAUAUGGCUCUUGCUGAAGGUGGAGAUGUGCGUUUACAUCUAAUGGAGAUGCAAAAUCUGAGACAUGAGCUGCAACAGAGAGGACUCAACUUUCCAGAGGCUGUGUAUUCUUUCAUGAUACUACAAUCUUUGGGUUCAGGUUGGGAGUCUGUUGCAACCCAGAUUGCUGUGCAACCAACUGCUCAGCUGACAGUGGACUUUGUUACUGCCGUGAUUUUAAAUGAAGCAGAUCGCCGGGGUGCUAGCUGCAUGGGCAAGGGAGAGUCUUCACAGACGUCAUCCCAUAGUGCAGUGGAACCACCAGAUGGCGCCAAAGCUUUGAAGGCAGUAAAAUGCUACUCGUGUGGACGUCUAGGCCAUAUGAAGAGGGAAUGCAGACAUCCCAGGGCCAAGACAGAGCAGCGCAGCGAAAGCUCAUCGCGCGGAAAGGCCGAGGCAAAGGCAAAGGUCCGGUGUCUAGGACAACGCAGCACAAGGCUAUGGUUUCACGCUUCACUCCAAAGGUUGCAGAGGUCCAGAAGACGUCUAGAUCUUUCUUCGUUGAUUGAUUCAGCGGCCACCCACCACAUGUGCAACGAUAAGAAACUGUUUGUGUCUUUUACACCGCAGGAAGGUGCGAUUCACCAGGCGGAUGACCACACUAUUCCCAGUAAAGGCUACGGAACUGUUGGUCUUCACAGGUUGGACUUAUCGAUACAGAAUGUGCUUUACGUGCCAGACGCCAAACAUAAUCUGCUCAGCGUUGGACAGCUGAAUGAGCGGAACAUUGACGUUUCCUUCAAGAACAAGAAGUGCAUCAUCACAAAGAAAAAUGAUUAUGUAUUGCAUGCAGAAUAUGUUGAUCGUUUGUUUGUUUUGUAUUAUGAUGAUGUGGUGCAGGAUGACACUUGUUGCAUUGCAGGUUCUAACAAAAGUUUGCAUGCAGAAUGUAUUCACGAUUUUCAUCGCAAAUUUGGUCAUUUGCAUUUUGAGGCAGUAUCUAAAAUGCCUGCCUUGGUUGAAGGUAUGACUAUUAAACCCUGCAGGUACCACAUGAAGUGCAAAGCAUGCGCAGCAAACAAGGUGAAAAUGGCUGCGAAAGGUAAGGUGUCUAGUAGGAAAGCUACAGAACCAUACCAGGUUGUUCAUGCUGAUUUGGUUGGACCACUAACGCCCUCUUUGGGUGGAAAUAGAUACUUCAUGGUUCUCAUUGAUGCAUUUUCUAGAUAUAUUUUUGUGUACAAUCUCAAGCAGAAAUCAGAGGCUUUUCCUAGGUUCAAGGAAUUCUGUGCUUGGUUGGAAAAUGUGCAUGGUAAGAAGAUAAAGACUCUUUUCAGUGAUCGCGGGGGGGAAUUCACUUCUCAGCAGUUUGAAGCUUUUCUGACUGAGAAAGGAAUUCAACACGAUUUGUCUAGUCCUCGCUCGCCAUGGCAGAAUGGACUUGCGGAACGGGCAAAUCAGACUUUGCUUCAAGGAUUAAAAACCUUGCUGCAUGAUGCCAAUCUUCCAGAGAGUUAUUGGGCCGAAUCUCUCUCGUGUUUUGUUUACAGUUACAAUCGCAGGUUAUCUUCAGCGAUUGGAUGUACCCCCUAUGAGAAGAUGUUUGGCAAGAAGCCAUACAUCAAACACAUGAAGAUUUUUGGUUCUGACAUGUGGGUUCACUCACCACAAAACUCCAAGUUAGACAAGCGUGGAUUGCAUGGUAUCUUUCUAGGUUAUCAGAAAGGGUCUUACAGAAUAAUGAUGACUGACUCUAAGACAAUUAAGCUCACGAGAAGUGUUGAGUACAAUGCAAAGUGGGGGAGAAUGUGGGAAUUUUCCAAUGUUAUCCUGAUGACGGUGAUGAGACUGAGGAUAGUCAAAAGCAACCACAACAACCCACACCCACUGAUGAAGGUUCUGAGUCUGAAUCUGAAACUGAAUCGGGUGAUUCAGAGGAUUUCAAGAGUGCGAAAGCCUCUAUGCGACCCUCUGAAAGCUCUGAUCAAGAAUUGGAGGAACCAUUGUUCACAAUAGGUCGUUUUUCUCCUAAGAAGGAAGAGGAGAGUGUUGAAGACUUAAGGCUAAUUCGUAGGUCACAGAGAGCCACAAAAGGCAAACCUCCAAAGAGAUUUGCUGAUGAGUUUGCUACGAUAGCAGUAACAGCUGUUAAAAGCUCCAAGAAGGUAUUUGAACCUUCAAGUUUCCAAGAAAUCCAGGGUUUGGAUUCGAAGGAAGCUGAGCCAUGGUUAAAUGCCAUGAAGGCUGAACUUGAUUCCUUAGAAAGGAACAAAACAUGGGAGCUAGUUCCAGUAGUUCCAGGAAUGAAACUGCUUGAAGCAAAUGGGUCUUCAAAGCGAAGACAGAUCAAAAUGGCAAGAUAGUCAGACACAAAGCCAGAUUGGUAGCCAGAGGUUUUGCACAGGUACCAGGUGAAGACUAUCACGAGACCUAUUCACCCACAGUGAGAUAUGAAAGCAUUAGGCUUAUGCUCAAGCUAGCUGCAGAGGAAAAUCUACACAUUAGUCACCAUGAUAUUAAUACAGCUUUUCUGUACGGAUCUCUAGAUGAAUCACUUUAUAUGCUUCCACCUGAUGGCGUACAGGUAAAACAGGGAUUUGUUUGUGCUCUGAAGAAAUCCCUUUAUGGUCUCAAACAAAGUGCACGGUGUUGGCACACAAAACUCACUGAAGUAUUGUUUUCUCUAGGUUUUCAGCAAGGGAAAGCUGAUCCAUGUGUAUUUGUCAAAGAGGAGGGGCAAAAGAAACUGUACUGUUUGUUUUAUGUUGAUGAUUUAUUAUUCUUUUGGAAAGAUGUUGCGAUGUACAAUAGCGCCCUAGCUCAACUGAAAGAGCACUUUGACAUGAAAGAUCUUGGUGAGGUAAACAACUACCUAUCUCUGGAAAUAGAGAGAGAUCAAGAUGGUAACAUUCUAGUACACCAGUCACGGAAAAUUGCUGAUGUGUUAAGUAAACUAAAUCUGAUGGAUGCUAACCCUGUAGACACACCGAUGACAACAGGUUAUCAGGUAGAUGACACUGAAGAAGCAUUUUCUGACACUACACUGUACAGGAGUGUGCUAGGCAAGCUAAACUUCAUUGCCAGAUGUUCAAGACCAGACAUUGCUGUUAGCUGUAAUUUGCUAAGCAGACAAGUCAACAAUCCUAAUGUCAAGGAUUGGAAAGCUCUGAAACGCAUAGCGCGGUAUUUGAAAGGCACUAUGCAUUACAGACUGAGAUUUAACAAUCAGAAGUCUGGUGGUCUUGAGAUAUUUGCAGAUGCAAGUUUUGGAAGUGACGCUACAGACAGGAAAAGUACGUCUGGAGUUUGCUACAUGUACAAUCAGAGUCUGUUUGAUUGGUCAUGCAAGAAGCAAACAACAGUUAGCUUAAGUACUUGUGAAGCCGAACUGAAUGCACUGUCUUAUUCACUUAAGGAUUGUGAAUGGUUAGUACAAUUGUGCAAAGAUAUGAAAAUUCCUGUCAAAUGUCCAAUCCAGGUUUACCAGGACAACAAAGCAUGUUUGGCUUUGCUGAAGUCUGAAGGUUGUAAGCAAAGCACAAAGCACUUGCAAUUAAAGUUGCAGCAUGCUAGGGAAUGUAUUCAGAAGGGACUCGUAACGGUGUCCUAUAUGCCAGGUAAUGAAAUUCCUGCUGAUGUAUUGUCCAAGAUUGUAUCAAGGGAUCAACACUGUACCUAUGUGCAGAAGUUGGGUUUGUACUGAUAUUGUACGAACAUGCUGCCCAGUGAUGUUCACAGAAUGGGGAGGAUGUUGGUUUCUAUUUCCUCACUGGGCAGCAACUGCAGUCACAAGACAUUGUUUUGCAUUCCACAGUCAGAGUUACUGUUGGAGUUUCUCACGGGAAAGGGAGACUGGAUGUGACGUACACUGGUUUCCUGUUUUUCACUGUGUGAUUCUCUCCAAGCUGUCGAGGAGAGAGGAUGCAUUUUUCUGCUCCUGCAGACGCAAGAUGUCUUUCUGUAAUAUACCAGCUUUGAACUGUAAAUAAAGCAAUAUAGAGUAUGGAGCACAUUUUCCUCAUCCUUCCGCUGGGCACAACAGACUCUGCUUUAAAUCAUGUUUAAAUGUUACUAUGGUCAGAAUGCAACAUCCUAAGACCAUGUAAGAAAGUAAAGAAGUCCCCAAGAGCUGCUCCACUGCUCCCAUUCAUAGGAUCUUGGAAUUGUAGAGUUGAAAGGGACCCCAAGAGUCAUCUAGUCCAACCCCAAUGCAGGAAUCUCAACUAAAGCAUCCAUGACAGAUGGCCAUCCAAGCUCUGCUUAAAAACCUGCAUUCAUUCCAGUGGAACUCACACAAGUUUAGCUUGCUGCAUUUUGUUGUGCGAGCCUCAAGUUUCAGAAUGUAGUGGGUGUGCUGAUCUGCUCCACUUCACUUUCCACAAGUGAGAAACAGUCCCUCUGAUACAGGGCCAGCCAUCCUCUGAAGCCACAUAUCCUAGGCAGUGGUGGCUUGUGUCCAUUGGGACUGGAAGAGCUUAAGGUAGGGAGGCCAAUAGGAGCCAGGGGAGCCAGAAUCAAUGGCAGGUGGAGCCAAAUGUUUUGUCCCCAUUCUCCUCCUUGCUGAGUUCUACAAGGGCAAAACAGGGUCAAGAGGAGGAAGCUAAUAUCUAGGGCCAUCCCUACCCCCAGCCAACUUGUAAGGCAGGAAGGUGGGGUUGGCUGAGGGCAGGCUGAGAUAGGUGGGACAGUUCCCCAUUCACCCACUGAUCAUAGGGAUAUUCCUGAUCAGUUUUGUUCUGGAUGGAUGGGACACAGGUUGCUUCCUCAUAGCUGGAAUGGCCAGCACUGCAGGUGUGCUGUGCAGAGAGAUCCCUAGAAUUGUGUCUUUGAAUGCAAAGCCCCCAAGUCCCCUUCUAGCUGUCAUGUUAGGAAUCCCUUGCUCUAAGCUUCUGGCCCCACUGCAUGCUCACAAGCGAUUGUGGCUCUGUGUGUGAGGACUAGUCAGUGGGGCAGGGCAUGGUGGGGCUGUGCUCCUCACCUGGCUUCCCAGUGCCAGGCUCAUUGCCGAUGUUCCCAUGCCUGCACCUGCACCACAUCAGCCUCCGUGCCGCCUCUCCCCUCUCCCUCUCUGAAACAAGCAGCUAAUUGUUAUUGGCAGCAAAUGAGUCAAUAUAUGCAACUGAUGUCAGUAACACAUACCUUGAGUUUCAGAAAUCUGUCAAUAAGAAAUACUGAUGUUGCUAAUGUGGCUUUUUAAGAUGCCACUGAAGUGGUGUGGAAUAAUUCUGUAACCAUGUUUUGAAAUGGUGAAGUGAACCCCUCACUGUGGACUUUAUAACUCAGGGGUCGGCAAGGUUUACCUCGCCUGGGCCGGUUCACUCUAGUGGAGAUCCCUCUGUGGGCCGGAUUUCCAGCGUCUGUGUCUGCGCAGACGCGAUUUCCGGUGCAGCGGAAGCGAGUCCCCCGCCGUGCUGCGCCGGUUUAGCACAGCACACGGGGACUAGACGAGCGGGCGGCUUGGUUUGGGGGUGGCUCAUGGGCCAGUUAAACGACCCCCGUGGGCCGCUUGUGGCCCAUGGGCUUUAGGUUGACUACCCCUGUUAUAACUGAUAAAAGAAUAACACCCUUCCCCAGAUUAAUUAAGAGGACAUCUGCUGAAUAUUCAAAGAUCAAUGUUUUCCACAAGUCUGGUGCCUGUACAUUCUGGCUUUUGAUGCCAGGUAUAAAGAUUUUAAUAAAGAAUUGGUAGAGUGAUAAUGUGAAUAUGAAAAUGAAUUGGGAUGAUUGGGAUCAAUGGAAGUAACUGAAGUUAGUUCUGAACUGGUCAUGGGGGAAUUUCAUGAAGGCAUCCUUGAAAGAGAUGUGUUCAAAACAAGUGGCAAAUUAAUUCAAGCUUACUUUACAUAAAUAUUCUUUCAGAGAGUGCUGAAGGUACCUCUGGUGGACAUUGCCUAGGGAUUUCCCACUAAUGGAAAUAGUUCCUGGUUAAAAUCCUCAAAGGCUUUUAGCUGAAACCAAAUUAUUUAAGGUAUUGGGGAGUUAUUUAAUCAGAAGUUUGCCUCUUCAAUAAGGAUGCUUUUAAGGUACGCAGCGUCUGGCCUGCCAGUCCUGAAGAUCUAACUGCAAAUUCUUGUUGGCAAUUCGGUUUUUAAAAUGAUGGACGUGUUUGAUGUAAAUUAGAAUGGAGGAAGAACUGAAUGAAUAAUUAUACUGGAGAGAAAUCCUCACUCUUUGACAGUCUGAGAACAACCGGGUUGCUGUAAGGGAUCCACUGGCACUCUAAACAAAGAGGGCUAGCUAUCUAUUCUGCAGAAGUUGUGUAAAGAGUUCCUCAUCGGGAGAAAACAAUGGUCCUUCUGAAAUUGGUGCCUGCCAGUUUGCAAGUAAGAAAGGAUGCCAUUGAUUCUGAAAACUGCGCAUGAAUAAAUACCAGUCUUUAAACGUAAUUGGAAGGAGCAGUCACAUUGUAAGAGGGAAUGUGGGAGUGGGUUAGUGGGAGUCAAAUGCUGAAGACAGAUGGCACAAAUAAUUGAAGGGAUAAAUAAGAUGCGUGGCGAAUCAAUGUCACUUUCUCCUCAUAUUCUCCUUCAAAGUCCGGCUCUCUGGGGCUUGAUUUGUCUAUUGUGGUGAGGUAUGUCAACUUUAUAAUUUGCCUCACAAAGUAGAAGUCAAAGGCUUGGAAUAUCGUACAGUUACAAAAAGUUUGCCUGGUCAAAGAAACUGCCUUAUUUGCUUUUGCAUCUGCUUUCCUUGGAGAUCAACUAGUAUAUAUGUAGUGAACAAUGGUGUCAGCAGAGCCUUUGCCCUGCUUGUGAUGGAUGUCAAAGGAUUCAGGACCAUUGUUUCCUUAGAUAGCUCCCCUGUGGUUUCAUGGCAGUUUAAUUACACCCAAAUACUGCUUCCCUUUGUCUGAACUUCCCAUUAAUCCAAGGUUCCAGGUACCCCUGAUGAUAAAGGGAGUUGCAAAACGUAUUUACAUUUCAAAUUACCUAUGUGGAGGUUUUCUUGCCUUUUAAAAAAAAUAUAUGUAUGAACAUAACACUGCAAAAUUUUGUGACAUAAUCUCACAGGACUUGAGGAAUGUAACUGUAUGCUUUGGGUAGGAACUUAUUGUGAAGGAUGGCAUUUCAGCAGAAUCUCCUGUUGCAAAAGUAUGCUCUGACCUGAACUGACUAAACUAUAUACUUGUACUCAGUCGCUUCUUCGAACAACUUCAUCAUUUGCUUUGAAGUCACAGUACACUCUGCAAGUGAAUGCUUAUGCAGACAUCUUAAUUUCCUGCUCAGAGACAAUCUCCAUUGUUCAUUCUGAAAGUUCAUGUACUGGGCAGGUGCUGCCUUCAUUUGCACAUGUAGCAUAGAAGUCACACAUUGAGGCAAACUGGUGUUUUCCAAUAUGGAUAUUACACCCAUGGAAGUAGAUCAUAACAUAUUAAACAGCCCCUAGAAGUGUGUGUUGAGGAGAGGGUCUUCUUUUCUCAAAGUUUGUCUGCUGGAAGUUUAACUCCGCAUUCCUGAAAAGCAGCUGCUGAGAAAUCUAGAAGGGUGGUGGUUAUUUUUUCCUAUUCUACAAAAAAACACACAAAAAACUCCAGCUGUUUGCAAAGAUUUGCCAAUUUUUAAUUGGAUGGUCAAAAUGUACAGUAACAGCAGGUCACAACCCAGAAGCCAAGGAACUUCCAGUGUUUCAGUCUGGGUGACUUUGAAUACUGAGUCGUUGAUGUAUUCUGUUCUCAGAACAAAUCCAAAGGGAAUAGCCCUUAGUUUAGUAGAUUGCAAGCCUGGGUGUAAUGCCGUGUGUCUCUUUUUUGUUUGUAUCAAAUACAAUGAUGGGUGCGGUCUGUGUAGUUGGUGGCUGAAAUGAAAUAAACAAUAAGUAGCUCUAGCUCGCUGCCUCACACGUAGGGGUUGCUGGUAGUGAUCUCCCAUGACUAUAUGGGAAGAGCUUGAUACACGAAGCUUUGAUGUAUGUAUCCUAUCUGAGUGACCGUCUUUAACUUCCUCUAACUCAGUGGCUCAAGUGAAAGUGCAUGAUAAAGGGGAAAAUGACUCUGUGCGAUGAGAAUGAGUGUGAUCUGAAGUGAUAACUUCCUGCGAUUCUCCACAGCUGCUUAGCAGCUGUGCCUCAACAAUGACCUUGUAGUAAAACAGGCAAAAUCACAAGUGUGUUUGAUCAUCAGUGGAAUCCCCUAUGACAGAGAUCAGGAACUUGUGGCCCUCCAGAUGUUGUUGAACUUUGACUCCUAUUAGCCAUGCUGGCUGAGUCUGAUGGGAGUUUGAGGACCACCAAUCCCCCAUCCCUGCUCUCAGAGGAUGAACUUCCAUAGUCUUACAUUAGUUGGUUCUAUUACAUAACACCUACACAGCAUUUGGGACGCGGGUGGCGCUGUGGGUUAAACCACAGAGCCUAGGACUUGCCGAUCAGAAGGUUGGCGGUUUGAAUCCCCGUGACGGGGUGAGCGCCUGUUGCUCGGUCCCUACUCCUGCCAACCUAGCAGUUCGAAAGCACGUCAAAGUGCAAGUAGAUAAAUAGGUACUGCUCCGGCAGGAAGGUAAACGGCGUUUCCGUGCGCUGCUCUGGUUCGCCAGAAGCGGCUUGGUCAUGGUGGCCACAUGACCUGGAAGCUAUACGCUGGCUCCCUCGGCCAAUAAAGUGAGAUGAGCGCCGCAACCCCAGAGUCGGUCACAACUGGACCUAAUGGUCAGGGGUCCCUUUACCUUUACCUUACACAGCAUUUACUUCAAAACAGUGCUAGGGUGUUUAUAUUAUUCUGUAUCUAUGUGGUGCUACUGGUCCAUACUCUGACUUUUCCAGUUAAGAUUUAUCCAAAAUCUCGGUCGAAUGAGAUGGUGGCUCAGGAAGGAAUUCCUACGUCCUUAGCAUCUUCUUCAUGUCCAUAAAUACAUCUGCCUAACACACUGAAAGCCUCACAUCUGCUGCCUUUUUGAUGCCCUUCUUAUGUAAAUUAUGAUGAGUAGAUUUGGGGUUUGCAUUCCGGGCAAGCUGUCAGAGUUCAUCUUGGUAAAGACUGUAGAAAGAUGAUGUACUUUCUAAAUGUGUGGAUGUUCACUGUUUUUUUCACUGGGAUCUUCCUGCCCAGAUGACCUGGCAGUGGAAGGUCUCGUACAAAUAAUGCAAAAGUCAGCUGGCCAGAUCAGAUCCCCACAUAAGUGCAACAUCUGUUCCUCUUUAAGUGUUGCCACUGUCAUCAUUUCCAUCCCUCUAGCACAGUGGGGUUGUGCCAAAGGCCCCAACACCUCAGAUGUUUGAGCUGGAGUAUGGGAGUUGGGUUUUUUUUUAACUCAAGAUGAAAUUGAUAUACACUGUUGUAAUGGGCAGCAGUUCAAAGUCUACAUCGGCAGCUGCAUUUGAAAGACUGGGGUGGAGAAUUGUUUUGGGCAGAGUCCUGUUUGUCCCCAAGGCAGUCGGUUUAGGAAUCAUGCACCUUGGAAGAAGAUUUUCUUGCCUGCAUAAAUGACUAGUGCUGAUUCAGCCUCUCCAUUUGUGCUUGGCAAUUGUCUUUGAUAGGUGAUGGGACUCUGCAUAGCAAAACAAUGUCCAUCCAAGCAAAUAAAACUAGGCUUCCCUCUGUAAUAAGACUCUGCACUCCCUUGUACCCCACAGUUGAUAACACAGCUUUAAGCUUCAAUGGGGAAAAUAGGCCGAGUCAAUUCAGAGAGAAGCUUUCUGACUUACACUGUUUACUCAAGAGGAAAGCUGGAAAACCCUUCAAAAGGGCAUGUGGGGAAGUGGGAGUCCUCUGCAUAAGAAUGUCGGAAGCUAGAAGAACAGUGGAUGCAGUGUUUUCAACUCCUAUCCAACCAAAAGCAUUUAUAAAAUGCUAAGCAGUUCAUAACACAUAGACACACCCACCAGAUAAACCCGCAAUUCAGAAACCUACACUAAUUGGCUAGUUUUCCCAUCAUGGAGUUAAUUCAAGACCAGGAUCAAAUAAUAAAGUACCUUUUAAAUAUAUUUUUUCCCCCCAGAAGCCUAUAAAAAUGGUUCAGAAACCUAUUUUCCCCCUUUUCUGCAGGAUCAAAACUCCUGGGCGAUUGAGUGGUGCGGGAAACUUCUAGUUGCUGAAGUCAUUGUGUUUCAUGUAAUUAAAAGAUUAGAAUGCCAUUUGUUUCAUCUUUUUUAUGUGUGAGAAGUGAAUGGAGAAUUAGUUCCUAAGCCUGAGGAGGAACUGGGAUACUAACUUUGGGGACUUUUGUUUCCAGCUUUCCAUUUCAUGUGAGCAGCAUCUUUAUCUCAUCUUUCCUGCAAGGAGCACAGGGCAGCCUACCUGGAUUCCCACUUCCUCCUCCAUUUUAUGCUCUCAGCAGGUACAUGGAAGAGCUGCUGAGAAAAAUAGUAGAGAGAGAAUUGGCUUUCAGACGACAACACUAAAAAAAUAAAAUAAUAGCUCCCUCCAUGCUGAUGGGAGUUAGUUUGACCACACCUGGAGGGUCACAGGUUUAGCCACCCAUGCUUUAUGUGCAUGAAGUUAAUUGCCACAGUGACUGGGAAGUAGAGCUCCACUGCUGGGCUGGGUGUACAGCUGUAUCACCGGCCCUACCCAUUGUUUGUGUAGUUAAGAUAGACCUGAAGAUUUGCAUUUGUUUGCAUUCAGUGUGGUGGGUCCAGGCCUAUGUCCCUACCAAAUGAGAUUAGACAGGCAUCCUCCUUUCUGAACUCCAGGUGUAUGGCUACACCUGUCAGGCAUUUAAGGCAGGAUUUGGUUUUACAAUAAUUUUGUGUUGUUUUAUUUUUCUGCGUGGUCCUGCUGCCAGGUCCCGUCUUGGGGUCUCUUGUGUGCAAAGGGCACUUUAUUUGCAUGCAGACCACAGAGAGAGGUUCUGGUUCUUGGCAAAUUGUCAGAUAAGGCACCAUAUAUUAAGAAAUCCAUUACCCUUUGUAUGUUGCAGUGACAGACUCACUUGGAAAAGACCAAAAGGCAUCUAGGCGUGAGUCAGAUUUUAAGAGGUCAGCAGUUGUGAUAAGAAAAGGGAGUUUGGGAUGGCCCACAGAUACACCCCCAACCUCAAAAAACCCCAGCUUCUUUGCAUUCUUUCAUUCCUGUUCACUGCUUUUCUCAACAACUUCUUUAGCAGAUCCCUGGUCUAUCAUCACAUAUGACUCUCAUACACGCACUGUAUAAAUUAAUAAUCAGAUAGAAAGGUUAUUUGAAGGACUUUCCAUUAGAUCAGAGAUAGGGAACCUGAGUUCCUCCCAGAUGUUGUCUGACUCCCAACUCUCAACAUCUGGAGGGCCACAGGUCCAUCCCCCUCACCCAAACUGGAGACUCCCUCUCCUUUAGCUUGCCACGGCCCAGGUCUCAUUUCCCAUGGAGAUACCUAGAUUUCAUAGCCUCUUGAACAGAGUUUUCUGUUCCAAAGAAACAGCCUUUCCCUUGCCGGUUUUUUCAGUCUUAUGCCACUGGAAAAUGGGUGGUGAGUGGCAUGAGUCUGAGUCUGCUUUCAGCCUUCUUUCUCAUAGUAUUUUUAGUGAAGGAAUGGACUUCCUGACCCCGUUGUUUGCACUGCUGCGUGUGAGAGCUCGGCAUUGUUAGGCCACGGUAUGCAAAGGGAGUACAAUCCCAUGCAUGUUCCAGCUGUGAUUAUCUGAUCUAUUCCUAUUUUGGGAAUGGCUGGGUGUUUCCACGUCCCCUGAGCUUUCUCUGUUUUGCCUUCUCGCCUUCGUCUAAUGUGCUUGGAUUAUGGGAAGAUCUUGGAUGUGUGUCAGAACCUUAUUGUUGUUGUUUUGGUUUUAAGUGCCUUUAACCUAAAAUGAAUGGGUUCCUGCUGUCCCUCCUGCAAAUAUGUUUGUGGUAUAUUUGUGUGGCUGCAUUUUCCCCCUUCCCCCUUAGAUCCACCACCUGCCUCGUCCUUUUAAACUGUAGUGGGGGUAAUUGUUUUUGUUUGUUACUUUGUUAUGUAUUUGUGUGUUUUUCUAUUGUAAACCACCCUCGGAUGAAGGGUAGUAUAACAAUUUGAAUAAUCAAGACAUCAAUUCUAUAAAACAUAUUUUGCUGCACUGUGCGAAAUAUGAGCAAGCCAGGGCUGAACUGAUAUUACCCUUGCUGGUACCUUUCCUGGGAAAAUCAGAGGCUCACUAUGUCAGGUUCCUAUUGGAAGUCCGGACAAACGCUAGAACAUUAGCAGUGGCGAAGUUUUUAUUGGUGGUUGCAAAAACCAAUGAUCCCUAUCUUUAAGUCAGAACAAAAUGCUUUUUUAACCUGGAGGUAGGCUGUCUGAAUUGUGCAUUGCUUUGUAACGAUUUGUUGGGCCUCUGGACCGUAAUAAAGAUUGAUUGAUUGAUUGAUUGAUUUUAAUAAUAAUAAUAAUAAUAAUAAUAAUAAUAAUAAUUCUCAUAAUGCUAAACUAGGGUUUAGAGUUGCACCCAAACCAGCCCAUUGUUUGUAGUCUGCUCCUAAGUGUAGCUUACUUUCCAGCCAUGUGGUUAAGUCUAGCAUUUAGUAUCCCUUCACAAUUACAUGGAAAUUCACAGAAGCAGAAAGAUACUGAGAGGUAGGGAUGCUGACCUCACUGUAUGGAAGGAGGCUAGCAGGGACAGCUUCCGCAAUAUGUGGGGCACAUGCCAAGUGGAUACAAGGUGGUUGCUGAUUAUCUGAAUUGGCCCUAAUGUACCUCCGCUAGCACCUGAGCUUUCUGGACCAAGCUUUCAAAAUGCACAGAGUUCAAGUAGACUCGAAUCUUGCAGCCUUACAUUCUACAUAUAACUGAUCUCUUUUGUUAUGGGUAGUACAAUUCUAUAAGAACGAGGAAUCCACCCACCCCCAAAAAAGCUUUCUUCUUGCUAUUUAGGAUGGGUUAUUGCUUCUGAGAGUUGAAACUGAAGGAUCUUCUGAAGUCAUGGUGCUCUCACUAGCUGUAUGUCAGAUGAAAGUGAACCUGUGAAGUAUCUCCCCAACUUAAAACUGUAGUGACUGGGAAAGAUUAAUUCCUGCCUCUACAUGAAAAAGGUGGGAACCCUAAUAACUGGUGGUUGAAUAAAGUCCAUGUUUAAUAUUCAUUUUCAGCUCCUUUCCCUUUUGUUCAGGCUUUCCAUCUUCCUCCUGUUUUUGUCGUAGAUGUUACAUAAAUCUCUUUUGAAUGCAGCUCAGACAAUGGGGGCUUUCUGGAAACAAAAUGUGUCAGCUCAGUAAUCUUCUGUCUCAGUAUUAUCAAAGAAGAAUUAUACAAAUAAAAAGAAAGGUGGAAAUAUUUUUGCGCGCUCUUGAUCACUUAUGUCUUGGGGGUGCGGGGAGUUGAAAAGGAUGAGGAAAAGUUCAGUUUUUAAUCAUGGAAGCUUUGACACACAUUUCAUGCAUGCAUGCAUAUGUAAAAGCAAAGAGGUCUUUUAAUCUAGGUUGAGUUUGCCGUAAUGGAAUCAAAUUAAGCUCAUGACCUGGUUCAGUCAUUCUAGACUUGAUAAACCAUGGGUUGUAAAGCUGGGAAUAAACAACUGAGACUCCUUUUGAUACAGAAAACCUUGUUAUAAUUAAUUAAAGUUUGCUACAGAAAUGUAAUUGGGAGUGGGGUAGCGCAGAGGCAGAGCUACUAUCUUAUAUGCUGACACAGUCCUCACAUCUCCAAGUUGGGGAUGGGAAAGACUGCCAUCUUAAAUCCCUGCCGCCACUCAGCAUGGGUCAGAAGUGGGAAACCAGUGGCCUUCCAGAUAUUAUUGGGCUACAGCUUCCCUCACCCCUGACCAUGGAACAUGCUAGCUGAGGCGGAUGGGAGUUGGAGUUCAAGAUAGCUUGAUGGUCACAAGAACCCCAGCCCUGGUAUAGAUGACAUUGAGUUAGAAUAACCAAUGCUCUACCUUGGUAAAAGGCCAUUUUCUAUGUAUGUCAGAACAACAUGACACUGGUAAAGUUAGUCCUCCUUCUGAAGCUACUUUGUAUUUCCUUGCAUUCUUUUUGUUUGUUUUCAGGUUAUUUAGGGGGAUCUUCUACCCCACUUGUUCAUGUUCUGACUACUAUUUUUGUUGGCCCAUUUUGUACAUUCUGGAAUGUGCUUGCAGUGUGUGUAUGUGUGUGUGUGUAGGCUACACAUCCUCUGUUCACAUGUAAUGAACCAAUGCUCCUCCGAUCUUCAUAGUUCUAAGCUCCCCAUGCAGUCGAAGCUGAGUUGUGUCUGCUUCCGUGUCUGCAUGUUGGCUAAAAAUGGAAUGUGUGGUUUACCUUAAGUACAAACAGAAAAUAAACAGUUAGGACUACAAGUGUGCUCUUCUCGGGAGCUAUUUGCUGUAUGUACCAUGUUUUGGUUUUAUGAUGGUUGGACAUCAGCUUAUAUUUAAAUAUACAGAGUGUUUUCAACUAACUUUUACUCAGAGUAGACCCACUGAAACAGAGGAACUUGACUAAGUUAGGUCCAUUAAUUUAAAUGGAACUUAGUUGUAUACCACCCAUAGUUCUUGUUGUACAAGCAUAUGCUCCACUGAGUGUCUUGAAUUAAUGGUGUCUUGAAUUAAUGUCCUCUUUGAUGUGCCCAGCUACAAAUAGACUACAUAUAGGUAAGGCCAGUGUUUCCCAACCCGGGGCCAUAUGGCCCCCUAGGGCCCCAUGGAUAUUCUAGGGGAGCCCCAGGAUAUUCCAAGGAGGCCCCAGGUGAAAAAUGUGUAAAUGGGGGGCCAUAGCCUGAGGCUAGGGGGCCGCAGAGGAAAGUGAGAAGUGAAGGGGGGGAAAGGAAAAAAUAUAUAUGAAAAUCCUGAUUGGCUGGUUACCCUCUUGGCCAAUCACAAGCGGGUAAGGGGGUAGCCCACCAGGACCUAGUGCUCCUUUUUGCCACGUGCAUUUUCUUGGCACAGUCCUGGUUUGUUUCGGGCAGGAGAGGGCGAUAGCUGAGACUGCUGCUUCUUCUUUCCUGGUGUCUUUUGUUCAGAUCAAAAUGUGUGUUUUGAGCAAGGUCUCAAGGCUCAAUAAUUUUUGCACUUCAAUUGUACUGUCAAUUUGCUUUGAGAUUUUCAUGAGACAAUAAAAAAGAAAGCAAUCCUGUCUGCCCUGCUCCUAAAAUAGGAUAGUGACGUUACCCAGCUUCCAAGUUUUAAUUUAGAUAUUGGCUUUCAAGUCCUCUGAAGAUUGAAGAAACAAUAUAUUUUUGUUCCCCAAUAUGUAAUGAUUAUUUAAGGGUGUUUCCUGUUUUGUAAGAUAAUAACUACAUCCUGGGUUGAAUUAAGCCUGAAACUGAAAGGAGUUGUUCCAGAUCAUUAUUAAGAAACUAAGCAGAAGUAAUCUCCAGUUACUUGUGUUUUUCCCCCUGCAGCUGAAAUUUUUAAAGCAAUGUGUGUGACCCUUCAGAGGUAUCAGUUUUGUCUGUUUCCUGCAAAAGUAAAAUCUGUUUGUACUGGUUCUAGAUAGCAGUGACCCACCAAGAAACAGCCAUGGUACCUAGAAUGUGAACCUUCACUAGACUAAGAUAUUCAGAAUGGGGUUUAUUAAAACUGAAUUGAGGUGUCUCCCUUUACAGAAAACCUGUGAGUCUGUUAACAUCCUAAUGCCACUAGAGUUUAGGGAUAGCUUCUCUGUAUUGGGCACAAAAGUGAACAUACAGUAAACCAUUAAGCUUGUUUGGAGAGUUAAGUUAUAGGCUAGGUGCUAACAAUAGCAGUAUAACAAUACGGUAGGCUAGGUGCUAACAAUAUUUUCAUGGCUGUAUGUUUUGUCUUCCUUUAUAACCCAUUAGCACCAUAGGACAGGCGUGGCUAACCUGUGUACCUCUAGAUCAGUAGUCCUCCACAGACCACUUGGAAAUUGCUGAGGGCCUUGGCAGAUUUUUCUGUCUAUUUUUACAUUCUGUGAACCACCUGAAUGAAGCUCGUGGACCACUGCUGGUCCGCAGACUACAAUUUGGAAAUCCCUGCUGUAGAUGCUGUUGGACUGCAACUCCCAUAAAUAAUGUCUCAAAUUCUGAUGUUUGAAUAGCUGAACCAUUAAAUUUUACUUAUUAUCGACGGGGUGGUUUUACUACAAAGUAAUUUAUAGACUUCCCAGCAGCUUUGAUCAUUUCAGGCUUCUUAUUAAAGGACUGAAUUCUUACAUUGAUUCACCUAUCUGAAUGGAUGAUCUUAAAUCAUGUGAGAUGGGUCUUCCAGUCAAGCACCUCCAAAUUUCUCUCUGUGACCUUUGGGUAAAGUUCAGACCAAGCUGUAGAACUGAACUCUGCUGACUUCUGCCAAUUCUGAAUUUGGAAAGUGAGAAGAGCUUCAGAAACUGUCUCUGGAGGCAGUCCUUAAAUUACAGUGUACAAUGUAAGCAAUAAUCAAACAGUGAUGCUGAGAAAAGAGAAAUCACUAAAUUACAGUUGAGCUGCAAUAAUCUCUUGGAGGUUUGUUAGUGCAAAAUAGAGAUUAAAGAGUAAAACAUAAGCAUCAAAUGUUUCAAGAAGGCUUGAGUUAAUGAGAGUUACUGACAGAGCACAAACACAUUCAUCAGCAGUUUUUUAGGGGUUUUUUGCCAAUGAUUUUUAUGCUGAAACACUGCAUAAAAACAAUAACCUAGCUCUUAAAUCCAGGGCAAGAUUAGUGAUACCUUCAGAGUGUUUUAUCUAAUGGCCUUUUAGAGGUUUAAUGCAACUUCUCAUUCUCUCUAGAUAAUAGGCUUCUGUUUAUAUAAAACAAAGUCUGGGCUAGGCUAAGUAACAAAAUCUCUUCUAUCCGAUAAAUGGCUGUUUUGCCAAGUCUGGGACUUCAGGGCAGUUAAAGGCCACCUUCAGUGUUACUUUUUAAAGACGCAGAUGCAAGCAUCUGUGUCUUAAAAUACAUACAUGUACAUUUGUCAGACUCUGGAUACUUUCCCACAAAAUAUGUAUCCUUGUUGAGAAGUGGGUUUGUGCUAUAUUUGCUACCUCCUGGGCUUGAGCCAGACUUAGUCAUGCUUAGAGUAGACUGCACAUGGGGAACCUGUGGCCUUCCAGAUAUUGUGAGACUAUAACUUCCAUCCUCCAUGACCACUGAUUAUGCUGCCUGGACAUUAUGGGAGUUUUGAGCCCCAGAACAUCCCCAGCCCUGGAGGGGUGCGUUGAAAUCAGUAGGCCUUAAGUUCGUGAUGGAUAAUGUGUGCCAUUUAUUUCAGUGUGUUUUCUCUAAGCAUGGCUAGUUCUGGAUCCAACCCAAGAUGUUUUCUCACCUCUUGCUAUGUGAGCACAGUCACAUUUUUGUCUCAGUGUCAGAAGCAGCCCUUAAUAAAGCACAAGGACAUGGUUGCUGGUUUAAGUCUUUGAAGAACAUUAACAAAUAACAGACUGUUUUUUGCACUCAGUCACAUCCUACUGCCCAUGCACUGCAUGGUGUAUGUGGGAGAGUUAAGGGUUUGAAAGCUUGUACAGCUCAACUCAUUCACAUAGACAAGUAUAGAGAUUGCAUAGGGAAGUGCCAUAUCUCAGUGGCAGAGCAUUUGUUUUGCAUGCAGAAGGCCCAGGCUUAGUCCCCAGCAUCUUCAGGUAGAACUGGGAGAGAAGCCUGUCUGAAACGCUGGAGAGCUGCUAUCUGACAGUCUAGACAUUACUGAGCUAGUAGAAACUUGCUGUGUUCUAUGUACACUCAUUGCAUGUAACAUACGCACACCCCUGUGGUCAUAAGCCAAACAGAAUCCACCCCAAAUCCAUAAUUAUGUAAAUUCAAACUAUUCAGACAUUUUUAAUUUCUGUGCUACUAGGUCAGAUUUGAUGGUGGGAAAAUUAUAUGUUUCUGAAUUAUUAAUUGGUAUGCUGGCUUUUAAAAUAGCUGGUCAUUUGCCAGUGAAUACACUGAUAAAGAAAACUGCACUGCAGUGAAACACGUGCAAUUCUUUUCCCCAAUUCUUUUUUUUUUAAUCUACAAGGAUUUUAAUUACAAGUGUUUACAGUGAUGGAGAAUAUGAUGGUGUUUGAUUCAACAAGAAAGGCAGGCUUACAGAGUGAGUUAUACUGUGAGGAAAUAAAUUUAGUUAGGGGCAGUUACCAUCACUUGUAAAAUAUUUGUUUUCCCUGACCAGGCAACCAUUUUUUCUUUAAUGUCCAUAAUUGCCAUUUGUGUGGCAAAGAACUGAUUAGUUACAACCCUGGCUAGAAUGCCAUCAAGCUGCUUGUUGUUGGUUUAACAUAGAAUUUCAAGUCAUAGCUACAUUGUAGAACAAAGGGAAAGAAUAUGUGAUCACAAAAGUUCCCUUAUUUUCCUGGAUAGAAUAUGAAAUAAAAUUUUUGCUGGCAAGUUCUUUCUCCUUCUGCAAUAUACCGCUCUAUUCUAAUUUCUGAUAUUCAUACCUGUUUGAUGCAUCUACUUCCCCCUUUUCCUAUCUGUCACCUGGUUUCUGUGCCUGUAAUAUGCGAGAAGGCAUGUCAAGCCUGUGGCUCCUAGAAGCUGUCUUCAUGCAACAGUGGCCACACCCUGGGAAGCAGCUUCAAUUGGCUGGAUAAACCAGGUGAGGAUGGGUCUCAAGCCCUUGGUGAGUUAAGAAGGCUACUGCGGAUUGAGCAGAUAUGAUCAAUACUGGUUCCAACAGUCAAGAACGCAGUUUAUGCACAUGCUGUGGAGCAGCCGUUCUUAAGCUGUAGGUCCCCAGAUGUUGUGUUGGACUACAACUCCCAUCAUCUCUGAGCUCUGGCCUUGCUAGCUAGGGGUGAUGGGAGUUGUAGUUCAACAUCUGGGGACCCACAGGUUGAGAAAGGCUGCUGUGGAGGGAAGUGAGGGGCAGAUGGGGCUCAUCAACCUGGGACUCUAGGAGAAGGAAAACUCUGAUUCUAAACCUCCACUGCCUUACAGGAUAUAUUUGGGAGAAGAAAAGGCUUAGGAAGUAAACCCUACACAAAUAGAGGGGAUUUGGACGGCACCUUGUAUGCCUCCUUUCAGCAACUCCUGCAGCCAAGCUGGUGCCAAACGUAUUUCUCUGCUUUCCUUUGGGCCACAUCAGCGAGGCCGAGAAGGAGGUCCUGCUGUCUGAGCAGCCCAUACACACUGCCGAGGCUUGUGCCCCAGAAAGGUCACUUCAGUGAUGCUAAUGCAGCAGUUUGACUUCACCCCCAGAGGCACACUCCAUUCUCUCUUGAGACAGGUGGAUGCCAACAACAUGUGAAGUCUUUAGCCCACACACUGCAGUAGUUAGUGUACAGAAAGCUGAAGUUCACCACUCCCCGCUGCUCCACAAGUAUCUGCACUGAUGGCAAGACACUAACCCUACUUUUAAUGAUGUCAUAGAAGGACCAUAUAUCUCUCCAUAUGACAAUCUGGCCAAAGGCAGAAUGUUUGGUACCCAAUGCAUGUACAUUCUCAACCUUGGUGAGGAAGCAAAUGGGACCACCAUCAAGUUGAUGUUGUCUUCUCCAUGUAGAGUUUUUUGGAGCUGGUAAACAUGCCACAAUAUGCUGGGUUGAUUUUGCUGGAGGAAAAAGUUGUCGGAAGCUGAGACAGCACUUGGACAGCCAAAGGCUUUGAGUCAACUUUCGGAUGUCAAGCUUUCUAGCAAAAAAAGAGGAAGCAUUGUUAAGAAGGGGAAGUGUGCUUCCAGUCAAAAAUUCAAACCUCAGGCUAAGGAUGUUAAUUUGGGGAACCCUCCCUGUGCUGUGAUCUGAAUCCAGAGCAAAACUACAAGCAAAGGCUCAGAAUGGAAAACUGGGAGUCACUUAUUUAUGAAGGAUCUCACUAUAUUAAUUUUGAGCAUUGCAAUAAGGCACUUGGAAGAAUGUGAUUGUUCAUAGUGUGGGAGCAGGGGACAGGAGUGCCGUUCCUUCAUUGAGCCUUCUGGGCAUUUUUCAAGCACUUUCUCUCUUUUCUCUUUUCCGCUUCUUGAGUCCUCCCACCACCCUGUGAAGGAGGAGGGGAGCCAGUCUGUCAUUUGUUCAGCAAACUGGAAAGCCUUGUCUGCCUUUUCUGCUGUCUCUUACUUAAAGUUCAGAGUUCCUGGUUUAGAGAUGACAGUUCAUCAAUAAGAUGAUUGUCCAGACUUCCAGAAUGGCCCAUAUUGUGCUGGUUGGGUUCAGCAGUUGGGCACUCUGCCCACAAGCAACAAGGCCCAUUGUCUCCCUCGCCAUGUUUCAUGUUGUAUAGGAAGACAAGGCCAAACUGUUCAAAUAGGAGUUUCCAAAACCAGACAUUAAAUCUUUCUGAGGUAUGAUUAGAGUUGCUGGAAUUGCUUUCACCGUCGUUAUUGCACAAUAAAUGCAUAUUAGAUGUUCAUUUGUUGCUUUGUGAUGUGUUGCACUUCUCCCAAGUUUGCCCCCUUUGUUGCAAGAUUCUCACAUUUUCCUCAAAGCACCUAAACUGCAAAAUUCUGUACCUUGGACAAAUGCUAUGCUUUCCACAGAUUCUUGGCUGUUGAAACUGACAAGGCUAAUAUUUUUUUUGAUGGAUGCUUUGAGAUUGGAAAGUCCCUUGUGCGAGUGGAGGGGGAGGAAGGAAUUCUGUGUGCUCUCCUGCAAAUGUCCUGUGAACAAUAGAUACUGUCUUCCUCAUCCAUUCUAGUUGGCUUGGCUUGUGUAGUUCGCACCGGGCAAGCAAGAGGCAUUAUCACACUGCAAGGACAUAUUGCAGCUAGGCAAAAGCACCCAAGGAGUGUUGAUGAAGGGUGUGGGCUGGGGAGAGUCCUGAGGACCAAAUGGAAACCCAUGGAAGCAUUUGGUCUGAGGGUCCACAUCCAUGUACUAGAGCCUAGUGGGCAACCAUAAACGGUUGGGAGAACUUGGUUAAGCUAGGGUGUUUUGGACUGGGCCAGGUUAUUGAGGGUAUUUCAGUUGUCAUCUUGGUUGAAAUCUUACUACUUUUCAAUAACUCACCUAAACCUUGCUUUCAUGUUCUCCUGUUCAUGUGUUCAAUCAGUGCAUGGAAAGGAGUGGGAUUUUGUCCACUGGCCCCACCCCUCAGCCUUGAUGUGCCUGUCAGUCCUGACCUCUGCAUGUCAUGUGGAAUGUAAGAACGAGUAAAGCACUUAGAACUGUAGAUGCCUAAGGCCUGUAUGUAUUUGGGAACCCUGGCAUAACCAUAGUUCCUGGCUGAAGACCUGGGAGCACACACGUAGGGUCCAUGAUCCUGCUCCCCUCUGUGCAUGCAGAGUUGACCGUUGGGUUCCACAGGCAUAGCCUAGAGCAGAGGUGGGGAUUCAGUCCAUGGGUUGUAUCUGGUCCACAGUGUUACCUCUGGUCUUUCAGUAAAUUCAGCCAGCUCUGAAGUCUCUGGGAAGCAGUGCUGAAGCACAAGCUCACAUCCUACAAGUACUGUUAGGCAGAUGUGUCGGUGUGUGUGAGAGGAGAGAGAAUGUGUUCAGAGAGAGGUAGAGUUGGCUCAAGUCUGUGGUCACUGUGCAGUGAAGCUUUGGCAGGGGGUUCAGGGGGAGGAGUAGACAGCCCAAAGGGAGACCAGUUGGCCAACGUUGAAUCAUGUGGACCAGAGUAGGGAGGAAUGCUUAGAAGGCUUCUCAAAUAGGCUUUGAAAAUGCCCUUGAGAGCUGUUUCCGUCUGGCUCACCUGACAAGGCUGGAUCAGGCCCCGAGCAUUGUGUUUUCUGUGGGCCAGGGGUCCCUAAUGGAGAAAAAAACUCCCUUCACCAGCAGUCUAAAUGCACGUGAUGCAACAACAUUGGUAAAAGUAAGCUGACUGGGAUCUGGUGAUGAUCUGAAUGCAGGGUCAUAUCAAGGAAUCCCAUGAAUUCCCUGGGAAAAGGUGAGAUAUAAAUGUAAUAAAUAAACAAACAACUUCCUUUUAUAUAAAAAAGAAACUGACUAGAGAAGUAUCUACAUUAUUUAGCGUUGCAAGUUCUGUCUUGUUAUUGCAGAUUGCUGCAUCAUAAUCUUCUGUGAACUGCCUUGAAAUCUUUAGAUGAAGGGUGGUAUAAAAAUUAAACAAACAAAGAAACAAACAAAACUGAUUAUCCACCGUUCCAGUAAACCAUGUUUUAUUGAGUCUUUCUCAGUCUGUCUGUGUUUCCUGGUAUAUAUUGUCAGUGUUGAGCUUAUGCAGUGAGAUGGGAAAGUAUUUGAUCCCCUGCUAAAUUUGCCUGUUUGCCCUCUGACGAAGAAAUGACCAGUCCAUAAUUUUAAUGGUAGGUAUAUAGUAGCUGUGAGAGACAGAAUAACAACAGGAAAACCCCCAGAAACCCAGAGCACAAAAGUCAGAGAUUGAUAUGUAUUGUAAUGAAUGAAAUAAAUACUUGAUCUCUUUGCAAAAGAUGGCUUAGUACUUGGUGGCAAAACCCUUGUUGGCAAUUACAGAGGUCAGAUGUUUCUUGUAGGUGGCCACCAGGUUUGCACACAUCUCAGGAGGUAUUUUGUCCCACUCCUCUUUGCAGAUCCUCUCCAAGUCAGUAAGAUUUCGAGGCUGAUGUGUAGCUACUCGAACCUUCAGCUCCCUCCACAGAUUUUUGAUGAGAUUAAGGUUUGGAGACUGGCUAGGCCACUCCAGAACCUUAAUGUGCUUCUUCUUGAGCCACUCCUUUGUUGCCUUGGCCGUGUGUUUUGAGUCAUUAUCAUGCUGGAACACCCAUCCUCAACCCAUUUUCAAUGCCCUGGCUGAGUGAAAGAGGUGCUUACCCAAGAUUUGACGAUACAUGGUCCCGUCCAUUGUCCCUUCGAUGCGGUGAAGGUGUCCUGUCCCCUUAGCAGAAAAACACCCCCAAAGCAUAAUAUGUCUGUUUUCAUGGUGACUAUGGUCCCAGCUGCCCUGAGAUCAUUGACAAGUUCCCCCCGUGUAGUUCUGGGUUGCUUCAUCACCAUUCUCCUGAUCAUUGCAACUCCAUGAGAUGAGAUCUUGCAUUGAACCCCAGACCGAGGGAGGUUGACAGUUAUUUUGUGUUUCUUCCAUUUGCGAAUUAUUGCACCAGCUGUUGUCACGUUCUCACCAAGCUGCUUGGCAAUAGUCUUGUAGCCCAGUCCAGCCUUGUGCAGGUCUACAGUCUUGUCCCUGACAUCCUUGGACACCUCUUUGGUCUCGGUCAUGGUGGCUACUUUGGAAUCUGCUGGAUUGAUUGCUUCUGUUGACAGGUGUCUUAACGAGCUGGGAUUACAGGUAAGACCUCUCCUUUACAGCAGGUUCUUCUAAUCUCAGCUCGUUACGUACAGUGAAGAUACCAGGUAACCUGACAUCUGGCUGGUUGAUAGGGGAUCAAAUACUUAUUUCACUCAUUAUAAUUCACAUCAAUCUCUGACUUUUGUCUUCUGGGUUUCUGGGGGUUUUCCUGUUGUUAUUCUGUCUCUCACAGCUACAAUAAACCUACCAUUAAAAUUAUGGACUGGUCAUUCCUUUGUCAGAGGGCAAAUGGGCAAAUUUAGCAGGGGAUCAAAUACUUUCCCCCCUCACUGUAUAAUUUGCAGUGCAAGAUCUCACAACCUCAUGCCAUAGUAGACAAAUAUACUUGGGGAAAAGCCUAUAUGUUUUUUCUCUGUGAUAAAAAUUGUAACUGGUGACUAAAAGUGCACAUCCGUUUAAGACCGCAUCCGCAGAGAUAGAGUAGAGUUCAUUUGCCACAUGGUUUUUCUAAAAGAUAAUUUUGUGCUAAAAAUGUCAAUUGGUGACUAAUAGUGUGCAUUUUUUUAAAAGACCACAGGAACAGAAUAAUAUUCAUUUUCCAGAUCAUUCUUAUUUAAUAGCCACAUGGCCAGAAAAUAGAAAGAAAAUGGGAAAUGGCUGUUUCCACCUAAUUGCCUUCUAUAGCGACCUGCUGUAUUUCACAAAUUAAAAAGACAAAACAAGUUCAAGAUCAGUGCUCCUUCCCCGCCCCCACCCCACCCCAAAAAUUCAACACAUCUUGUGAAAUAUGCCUCUGAUUUUGCUUAAGUUGAAUUCACUGGCGACUGGUGCAGACCAAUGAGCAUAACGAUCCCUCUCCUUCUGCUGUGGAUAAUUCACCAUUGUCUUUAUUCUUCUCUGGGGUCUCAGGCGAGUGGGUAGCACCAGAGGGCCUGCUUUUCUGUAUCAGUGCAUGUUUUGUUCCCUUUGGAAGAUCCGUUGUCCUCCUAAAAGUCAUCCAGCUGCUUCGGCAGCCCCUACCAACACAUCUGUUUCUUUUCACAGUUGGAGAGAAUAGCUUUCUCCUUCUGUCAUCACAAAUCUACUUUCCCUUUCCCUACAGCAGCAGCCGACCCCUGUAAGCCUUGGAAUGUGCCUGGCAGGAUGGACUGGAAAAUCCACAAAAAGCCAGCAGCACCCACCAUUCAGCAACUUGAAUGCUUACUCUAAACCGGCACCGAAUGAUCAGCUGGUCUGUUGAUUUUUCUGUAGCAGACAAAGAAUGGAGCCGUUGCAAGUCAAGUGCCUUCUGCCAAGGCAGUCUGCUAGGGAAAUGAAUGGUGCCAGCUCAGAAAGUUUUAGACAGAUGUUUGGAAGAGGAGGGGAGGAAGAGAUGGAAAGGAGGGUCUGGGAAAAUCUCCCCUUCAGGUUUGUUGGGCUAGAUUUGUGGAUGCAGAGAAAUGUUAUUCAUAGCUCCGUUUGAAGAACACUGACCUGGGUCAACUUUUAGAAGUCAUUCUGUCCGUAAGGUGUUCAUCUCUCCGUACAAAUAAAUGUUGCAUUGUUUUGUGGGAAAGGAUGGUGCUUUGGGGGAAUCAAAUUUGUUAAAUCAUGCAAGCGUUCCAGAGAUCUGUUUCACUCACAGCUGUCUAAAUUGUCCCAGCUAAUAGUAUUAGGGCCUUGUCUCUCAUGUUGCCAUCUUCCCUGUGUUUGAGCAUCGUUAUAAGGGUGAUGAAAUGGAAUACAAAUAGCAAAGGACUGGCUUGUGGAUUAUAGUGUAGCAUUUUGAAUGUGUUAUGUUCAAUCCAAUCUCUGUUAUUGUUAGUAGCAUAUCCAAUGGGAGUAAGAAAAGAAAAGGUUUGCACCAAGUGUUGAACAAGAGAAAUUUCACAUCUUACAUUUCACAUGUUUUGUAAUAAGUCAUUUUUAUGUGUGCGCAUACUGAAAAGGUUGUUAAUGUUGGUUGAGAUUCCAGCAUUCAAAAGAAAAGUUUGAAUCAUCUCCUGCAAGAUUCAGAUAGUCCAGCAACUCUUAGUAUAGAGAGUCAAAAAUUUGGUCCAAAAGUAUCUUUUGCAUGUAUUUAUUUAUUUAAUAAAAUUUAUAUACCGCUUUAUUGAGAGAAAACCUCUAAGUGGUUUAUGAAAACAUAAAAUAAAACAUUAAAAUUCUGAAUAAAAGUUAAAAGCAGGUAUUUAAAAAUGUUCAAAAGGGGAUUGAAAUCGACAGUAGUAAAAAAAGAGGUAAAACAUAUGUAACUUAUAUGUGUCUGGAUACUUUUGCCUCAGUAAAAAUGUUUUAAGCAGGCACUGCAAAGAAUACAGUGAAGGCACUUGCCUGAUGUCAGGAGGCAGGGAGUUCCAAAGGAAAAGUGUUGCCACGCUAAAAGAUCCAUUUCCCGUAAGUGUGGAUGGAAUAUCAAGAGUCUCCUUUAACAGUGCCCUUUCCAUUCAUCAAAGCAGUUGAGUAGACAUAAGGGGUAAGGCGAUCUUGCAGAUAAACUGGUCCCAAGCUGUUAUAUUUUGCAUUUAAUGCAUGAGAUGUAAGGUAAAAUGGACAGUGGAAAAUGGGCUGAUUCUAAAAGUAUAGGUUUUGGUUUAAAAUGCAAACUGAUUCAAGAAAUGUUGGGUUCUUCAAGGAUCGCUAUAAAUCCCUUUUAUAUAUUUAACCACUGUACAGGGCAUAAUAGCAUUUGCAAAUCUGUUUUAUGUCUACUUCAGCUCUGGAGCAACUGCUUACAGAACUUGAAGAUUUUCUGAAGAUACUGGACAAGGAGAACCUCAGCAGCACUGCCGUUGUAAAAAAAAGCUUCCUCACUGACCUCCUUAGGCUGUGCACAAAAACAAGUGGUAAGCACAGUUGUGUAAAAGGGCGCUAAUUUCAGAAGAGCUUCUCAGAGCUAUCGUUUGCUGAUACCGAUACUGGUCUACUUUUGCAUCUAAACUACGGCCUCCCCAGUUGCACGUAAAAACAGCCAACAGUCUUUUGUUAAAGGGAAAGUUACUUAUUGUGUCACAAUCUGAAGUCUACUUUUUGCACAAAGAGUUAGCCCUGGGUAGCAGGAAUAUAUGUGCAGUGCAUGCAUUUGUACAGGGGUCAGCAAACUUUUUCAGCAGGGGGCUGGUCCACUGUCCCUCAGACCUUGUGGAGGGCCGGACUAGAUUUUUUUGGGGGGGAAAUUGAACGAGUUGCUAUGCCCCACAAAUAACCCAGAGAAAGGACACAUUCUACUCAUGUAAAAACAGACUGAUUCCUGGACCGCCCAUGGGCCGGAUUUAGAAGGUGAUUGGGCCGGAUCCGGCCCCCGGGCCUUAGUUUGCCUACCCAUGCAUUUGUACAUGCACACGUGCGCACACGCACAAAUGGGUACACAGAAAACGUGUUCCAAAAGUCCAGUACGUUCAAUGUGUGCUGGUUGUUCUGUCAAAUUGCUAUGCAGUACCCAAAUGUACCAUAUUUUUCGCCCUAUAGGACGCACCGGCCCAUAGGACGCACCUAGAUUUGGGGGGGGGGAAAUAAAGGGAAACAAAUUUAUUUCCCCCCCCCCCAGGCGCGGGGCUGGGGCGGGGGAAGCCCGAGCUUCCCCGACCCCAGCUCCCAGAACAGGAAGCUCUCCGCAAGCCCGAGCUUUCCCCUCCCCCAGCCCCCAGAACGGGACCCAGAGUGAUGCCGAAGCUGCGUGCUCUGGGAGCUUGCGGGGCUGGGGGAGGGGGAAGCCCUCCGCCAGCCUCCAAACCAGGUCGGGAGACAGUGAGAUGGCGCGCUGCACCUCCCCGCUGUCCCCCGAGUUUGCGGGGCUGGCGACGGGGAGGAGCAGGCUUUCCCUCCCCCCCCCCGCCAGCCUUCUAACAAAGUCAGGGGACAGCGGGAUGGCGGCGUUCCGCCUCCCCGCUGUCCCCUGAGCUUGUGGGGCUGGCGGUGGGGCUCUCCAGGCUUCAGCGAAAGUCUGCAUUCGCCCCAUAGGACGCACACACAUUUCCCCUUCAUUUUUGGAGGGGAAAAAUUGCGUCCUAUAGGGCGAAAAAUACGGUACAUGAGAAAAGAAGUGAAUAUAAAAGCCCUUGAAGCUAAUCUCAUUUCGUAUAAUUAUAUAAUUGUAGAGGUGGAAGGGAACCUGAGGACCAUCUAGUCCAGCCCCCUGCAAUGUAGGAAUCUGCAGUUGUCUCUUACAGGGAUUGAACCUGUGACUUUGGUGUUAUCAGCAUGAUGCUCUAACCAACUGAGCUGUUGUUCCAUUUGCUCUUAAUCUCAAUGUAUUUUUAAAUUCAUUCAAGAUUUUCUGAAUCUAAUUUGCAAGAAUGAUAAGAAGAUAAACUUUGAAAGGGCUGAGUCUCUCUAAGAAACUUCCACCGCCAGGGGUGGAAAGUGCACAGCUUCUUAGCUGCAAUCAAGAUAAACUGUGCAAGAGCAAUGUCAGUUAAGGCGCCACUGAGCUAAGUCAGUAGAACAAGCCUCCUCUGACCAUAAUAUUUUUUAAAAAAAUAAAUAAAUAGAUGGACAGAUAUCCAUUCUGACCAAGCAAAUGGUUUAAAAAUUCCUCCAGGAGAUGCUUUGCUCGAGAUGCUCUGCUGUACAAUGCAUGAUUUUCUAUGCAGUGCAAGUAUACGCAAGAGAAUAAUGAGCUUAUAUUCUUCGCUUCAUAGGUGGUGAUGAGGAAUACAUUUACAUGAACAAAGUCACCAUCAAUAAGCAACACGGUGAACCAGAGAAACCAGACAAAGGUAGGAAUGUAAGAUUGCCUUAUACAGAGUCAGACCAUUGGUCCAUCUAGGUCAGUGUAGUAUUACCUACACAGCCUGGCAUUGGCCCUCCAAGAUUUCAGAGGGGGGUUUCUCAAAGCCCUACCUGGACAUGCUGGGAAUCGAACCGGGGCCUGCUGCAUGCAAGGCACAUCAUCUACCACUGAGCUAUGGCCCUUCCCCAUUUCGCUGCUGAAUGUGCUUCUUACGCAUGAAAGGAUCACAUGUAUCGUUUUUUUAAAGAAACACCAUCCAGCUCACAGUACCAAUUCACUGUUAAGUCUGUGCUUCCUCUACCCAUCUUCCAGACAGACAUGGUAAACUCUGCCCAUGUUCACUGAUCCAUUUUAGCUUUAGCGGCAACCCUCCCUGGGUUUGACAUGCAGAUAUAGAUGGAGAAACGCAGGAUGCAGAGCUGCUUUCAGGGGCCUCUUAAUUAAGAUGUGUAGAAACAAAGAUCAGGAAAUCCAAGAAGCCAAGGGAAGGGAGGCAGAUGUCCAAUUUACUUGGCUAAUAACAUCACUGGGUGCUCUGGAUUUUGCUUUGCUGCUCGCAGCCUUACACCAGAACCCUAUUACCCCCAUGAAAGGAUGUGGAUGCACAGCUGUUAUUGUGGCUUCCCAGCUAGUCUGAAAAGAACAGUGCUUCUAAUAUCUUAUAUUGUAUGUUUGUGCAGCAAAAUUCAUGCCCGUUUUUCCAGGGCUGGUAUCUGUGCUUCCAGGUUUGCUGGGGCUGUUUGGGGGAAUCAUAGGGCCACUUCAGACAUUGAAUUGCUUAUUCUAUGAAGCAGUCUCCAUAUGGGCAUGGAUGAGAAUGUGCAUCUCCACCACCAUAUUUGAAGAUGGCAGUGGGUGGGGGGGAGAAUGGCUGGUGUAAAAAGGCACCACUGUGCUUACAGGCAGAGGUGAGGUGGCAGGGAGGUCAGCAUUGUGCAGGUGCAGUGGCAGAACCAGUAGGGCCCUCCAGCCACUGCUCCAGCACAGCAGUGAUCUCCCUGAUGUGUCCCUCUUUUCCCUCCCAGUGAGCACAGUGACACCACUAAGGGGGAGCCCUGCUGCAUGACAGUGCCCUCGCCACCAGCUGCCCCUGGAUGGCAGGACUGUUUAUGUUGCCUAGGAUUACCUAUGUUCAAAAGCCCCCUGCAGCCAUUCUGAAGUCUGUAGGUCACUGCUUUCCAUUAUGUGCUUCUGUGUGAAAUCUUUAAGCAAGAGUCAUGUGGUUUUAAGCAGCUACUGUGUGAUUAGCAGUCGUCUGUUUCCACUCAUAGUCAGGCCCUGCAGAGGAGAAGUGAGCUUCUUCCCUUCAGUUGCUAAUAUAGCCAGAGCCCUGUACUACCUUUCCACACCUCCCUAGGUUGUUAAUACACCAUGGAUCCCAGGAUUAUGGAGGCAGCACUUCACCUGCCAACUAGCUGAAAAUUGGCUGGAAGUAUUUCCCCACCUGCUGAGAUUGUAGCUCUUUCUCAGUGUGAGUUCUGUUUGCUUGGAUUUAGGAAAAGACUGAAUUGUCCCUGCAAGUUAAAACCAACAGUAAUGACAGGGUGAAUACUUAGGACUGCUCAAUAUAGACGUCAGCCUUGCCCUGCAAGUAGACAGAUUAUUUUUAAGACAUCUUGGUCUUUGCAGUGUCAAGCAAAUAUGUGCCAGCAAACCCACAACUAGCAAGAGAGCGUGUCCCUAGCCGCUUUUUCGCCAUAUUCUUGGAGGUGGUAUCAAAUGCCAUUUUUGUGGUCUGUAAUAUGCUCUCUAAUUUAAUGCAAUGCUUCCUCCAAAACAAAAGCACAGCAUCCAAGAAUGUUUCUGAGCUUGGUCUAUGUGAUGGACUGUUUGCAUGUUGUUAUUUCUGUUUGGGCUGCAGUGUUGGGUUGCAGAGACUCCUUGACAAAUGGGGAAGUGGAACAGCAUUUGUCUCCACCUCAGAAGAGUUUGCCAGACCUCCCACCUUCAAAAAUAGUAAGUUCUUGUUUGUUCAUUUACUUCCUUUCAAUGUACUCUGCAUAACAAUAAUACAAGUGCCAUUCAUCUUCUGGGAUAGAAUUUAGUACCCUUUGGAGUGAGUUGUAAUGUAAGAUGCAGAGAUCUGAAAAAAUCCUAGAGCUGCCUUUUCUCUCUCAAAUGAUACAUCAAUAUUUAUUAAACAUUUAUAGAGCACUUACAGCAUUAUGGGCACUGGCAACUCUCUCACACACACACACACACACACACGUGUGUCAACAUCUCUGCAAUACGGUUUCCUCCAUUGGUCUUGCUUCAUCUUCAAAAAUUGCAUGAUGAUGGUUUAAUGUCAACUGCAGACCCAAGAUGUCAACCCAGAAUCAGAGCCUGGUUUGUAGUAGGGUUAAACCAGUUUUGCAGUUCAGACACAACAGGAAACUGUAGUUUAGCAACCCUGAAAUGAAUAGACAUUUCUAAUUCAGGUCUAUUAACUUAAGUGGUUCAGCUCUGAAUAGAACUCACAUUGGAUGCAACCUUCUGUGUCUCUGGAAGAAAAGAAUGAAUGACACUUUUAACUCAUUAAAGCAGCCUUCCUCAUAGGUUGGAUUACAACUCCCAUGAGCACGGUUGUGCUGACUGGGACUGGUGGGAGUUGUAAUCCCAAACAUCCAAAGGGCACCAGGUUGGGACCAGAUGCAUCUAUCGCACCACCUAGUCCAUUGUUAGAAAGAAACAAUGACCAGUAGUCACUUUCUUCUCCCCUCAUCCAAAACUUCAUUUUGCUGUAUAGGAAAAUAUUGCAGUUUAUUUCAUAAACGUAGGCAGAACUUGAUGUUUUAAUCUUUCUACAAAGUAUGAUGUUACUUGGCUUCAGCGCCAGCAUGCAAUAGCUGCAACUCAGGGAUAUGUUUCCUGCCUGGCCCCCAUCGAGAAAUUGGCUUUAUUUUCCAGUUUGGAUUUUAAGCACUUAAAUAUUUAACCAGGUUCCAAAAUGUUCACCAGUAUUGACACACACACACACACACACACACACACACACACACACAGCUGACCUUUAUGCUAUUGGGUAUUACUUUCCAUUUUACCAUUUUGCAAAGGUGAGUAAAUAUUUUGCCAAGGUAUCAAUGGAGACAAGUUACUCGAGAGUGCUGUGGUUAUAUUGAAUCACAUAUCUGCCAUUCUGUAUACUCAAAUGAGCAGGUUCACUAUAUACUUCUAUCUGCUGGCAAUUGGAAGAGGUGUGUGUGUGUGUGUUUGUCUACUUGGAGAAUCUUGUGGUUAUCUUGAGCUGCAUCAUCUUUGAAAUGGUGUUGUAAGAUGAAACUUCAGCAACAAAUGAGAUUCAUUGGUGAAGAUUAAUUUUUUAAUGGUUUGAAUCAUUUAAGAUUUAAAAUAUUAAAAGCUCUCCCAACACUUGUGGAACCAAGUAUAGUGAACUCUGUUUCAAAAGCAUCAGAUCUUCUUUAAGCGGGGAUUUUCUUCCGAAAUAAAGUGCAUCUGUCUCGUGCCAAGAAGCCAUCACGAACUGGCAGAUCAAUAGAAGAACAAAAGGGCAGAUCAACAGAAGAUGCUGAGGGAUAACCUCAAAUACAUACUUGUCACGUCAUCAGUCAUGGUUCUCUCUGCAGAUGUGAGGACAAAUUCCAUUUGCACCAAAUUCAUAGUAUUCAUAUUAUCGCUACUAGCAAUUACAUGCCACAGAAAAGCUGCCAGUUAUAUCUUUGUUCCUGGUGGUAACUAGGAAUGGGUAAUUCCUAGCCUUGCAGGCUAGACGAAGCUGCAGCUGUAGACAGGGUGGCACAUGCAAGGUUCUGGGGUCCUUAUUCUCCAGCUGCCUGUUUCGAAAGGAAUAUGCAAAGUAAAUUGGCAAUGCUAGUGCACAGAGAUUCUUACACAACUUGUCUAGGUAGGAGCACAUACACAACUCUUCCUGUGGAGGAGCAGAAAAUGAGGUACAUUCAGGAACCUGGAGUUGGGACCCCUAAAACGUUCAUGGCAGUUUCCCUCUCUAGGCAGUUUAUCCUGAAAAUAUUGACUUUUAGCUUGUCCUUUGGGAUGCUUUCCAAAGUAUUUUGUGUCUUGAUUUCUUCCCUCAGCUUUGGGCUGCACAUUAGGAUAGAUUUGGCAGCCAUCCAGGGACUUUCCAGUGCUUAGAAUCUUUUGAAAGUGUUGGUUUACUCCAAUAUUAUUUAUCUAUUUCCUUUUUCACUUAUACUGGCUUUGAAAAUGUCUGGUGUAUUUCUAAGCUUGACUCCUAUCACCAUCACCAUUGAAAUUACUCUUGCAAAGGGAAAACUCAAAUACAAUUCUCCAGUUAUAAGAUCAGCUUUAAAUAAGAAAUAAGGGACGGCUCUAUUCUGCCUACUUACUGUAUGCUAUCCAUUUAGUGUUCCAUGGUUAGGUCUCUGCUUGGUUUCCUUAGGUGUGGCUUAUUGUGGUUUCAGCAAAACUUAAGAGGACCACAACAACUUAAUAAUUUUUGGUCUGAUUCAGCAAGGCGUUUCUUAACUAUAGGCAAAAUAAUAUGGUACACACAGAGAUUAAAUUUUGAAGCAGGGAUUUUGCCAUUAUGAUAAUAUUUUUAAUGGAAGCCAUCUAGAGGAUGCUAUGAGCAGUGCCUAUUUCACUAGCUGUUGAACGUGACAGUGUGGAGCAGUGAUUAGACCUUGGAUUGCCAAACUUUUUUGGGCUUGUGGGCACCUUGGGACUGUUCUGGGGACUGCCCAGCACAACCCACAACCAUGCACACCAUAACCAUGCAUGCACACCCAGCACCACAUAUUCCUUAGGCACACCAUAGAACCAUGGAUGUCACACACAGAGAGGACUAGAAUGAUGUGGGUUGCCUUUGCUAGACCCUAGGCACUUCGUCUUCCCCAUCUGGAUUUGAGCCUGAAGGACCAAGGAAAUGUGUGUGUGCAUGGAGGGAGUAUGUUGUAAGCAAGCACAAUUUGUGACACUGUUCACUGGGCACAACUGUUAAGGCCUCAGCAUUAGCUUCCGGUUUUCCAGCUUUGUGGAAUUUGGUUGAACCUUGCUCUCAAUUCUUCCUUAUUCUGAAUUACAGAUACCAUAGUGAAAAUUUAUUUCAGAACUCUGGGUCUUUAUCUACACAUUUUCUAGCUUUUGUUUGCAUUCCUCAGAUUUCAGAAGCAAAGCAACAUUCAGGAUCCAAAACUGAGUCUCCAGAAGGAUACUAUGAAGAAGCUGAGCCCUUUGGUGUCUCACUGAUCGGUACGUAGGUGUGCUCCCAAGUAUUUCAUUACUUCUAGAAAUAGGCAAUACAACUGCGUUGGAAAAUAAAUAAAUAAAUAAAGCAUUCAGAUACAAAUAUUGGAAAUGUGAGCUAUAUAAUCUAUAUGUUUAGUGUUUGUCACAUUGUCAGUUUAAUACCAGAUAAUUUAAAGGAAUAUUCUUGUAUCCAAAGAUUUUUAAGAGAUUGCUGAUAAGUGAAGAUGUUGAGUUCAUUCAGAGCUGAACAUGGUAACUGAUGCUACAUUUUCAGCCUGAUCUCCACACCAAAACUGCCCUUGGCUGAAUAAGGUUUAAUGACUGAAUAAGGGCUCAGUGAGAAAGGUAAGGACUGUAGUGUCUUUGUAAAAGUGAAUAGCAACCGUCUUGCUUUCUGUUGCUGAUAUGAACAAGCAUGUUCUAGACAAGGUCUAGGCUCCAGUCUCUCGAAGAGCAGACUGAAUUUAUUUGGCCAGCUUUCCUUUUCCUCCUCCCCCCCUUUUUUUUGCACGUACAUUACUCUAUAGCACCUAGGAUGGACAUCAUGAUUAAUCAUAAGUUACCACACCAAAGAGGACAUAAGAGGAUUGUUGAAGUUCUCACACUGCAAUCCUAGGCAUAUCUGAACCUGAGGUACCACUUUAGCUAAUCGGGCCUUCUGCUGCUGCUGUGCUGCUGUUGCACAAUUUCUGUUCUCAUCCUGAGGUAAAGUUCUUAACCUGAGGUACUAUUUCCGGGUUAGCAGAGUCUGUAACCCGAAGCAUUUGUAACCCGAGGUACCACUGUAAAAGAAAGUUCUCCCAUACAUCAAGACUUCCGUCUUCUUCGGUAUGGGUCCUUCGUUUCCUUGUUGACUGCAUAUUGUAGUGCACUCUCCCCUCCUGUGGUUUCCAGCAACUGGUAUUUACUACCUUUGGCAUUGUCAUGAGCUGUAAAAUAAUUGAAUAGUUUAUUUUUAAAAUAUAUAUAUAUAAUGGAACUGAGUGGUACCACAAAGGCUGAACACUGAAUUGUAAUUAUUCAAACUGAAUUUGCAACUGUUUUUAUUUAUGGUGCUUAUCACCAUAGUUUUUGGCAAAAGAGACUGUUCUAAGCAGACUGUUUCCAAUUAUUCGAUAGUUUAUCAUAUAAAUUAUGCUUUCUCCUUCUAAAAGAAUUUAAUGAUCAGUGAGGUUCAUUUGCAGGUCUUUUUCUUUCUUCCUCUCUCCCCCUCUCUUUCUUUUCCAUGUGUGCUUGUGCAGGUCUUUACGGUAGGCUUGCAGCUACUGGAUCCAGACCAGGGUUGCAGGUUACUGAGGGAGUAAUAUAUGCCACAAUAACUAUGGGUAUGGCAUGUUUUCAAAACUUACCACUCAUGCAUUGACUUCCUUGUCAUAUGAACAAAGAUGGUCUUUCACCAUUGAUACAUGGUUAAAGGAUCACCGCAUGAUCACAUUCUCAUCCUGAAUGCAUAUGUGUGGCAAGGGGUGAUAAAGGAUUGGAAAGUUGCUGUCUAUUCUUUUGCGAUCUCUUAGCCAGGAAUGAUCUCUUAGUAGGCAGCUACAGAACUGUAGAUGUUGCUAGCCAAUCUUACCUGUGGAAUCUUACCUUAUUCCAAAAUGCUUUUGUCAUUUCCAUGCACUUCAACUUGAGUGGGCUUCAGGGCAGGACAUAAGCAAACAAAUAUUCUUGCUUGGUAAUAAGCAACACAGAAGCCAGGGAUGCAAUGAGUGAUAUUAAUUUAGAGAACAAAUGCGACCGUUUAAAAAAAUAAAACAAAACGAAGCGAGUGGAAUGGUGCUGGAGCUAUAGGCUGAUGAGACACCCCAGCCCAUCAGAAUUAAAUGCUGAAUACAGAGAGACAGACACAAAGACAGGCAGGCAGGCAGACAGAGAGAUCACUGUUUUACAAUGAGGGUGACGUAACAGUUUAUCGCAGAGAAAGAAAAGGGGAUUGAAAUGUGUAAAUUAGGUUCUUUUUUGGAAUUAAUUUCUGGAUUCUGGUACAGAAGGAGCAGAUCCACAUACUGAAUGAGCCGAAGUUUGGUUUCAGGAAGCCAUGAUUAUCUUGUGCCUAGGCCAGAGUCUGGAAGAGCACAAAAGAUGCUGGCUAAGCAUCCUUGAUUACAUGGAUCAUUCUUCCUAUCAUACAAAUGAGAUUAAACACAGCAACGAGCCCUAUAUCUUGCUUUGGAGAUAGGUGACUCAGCUGCCAGUUCUCUGAUAGCAUCACCUGAAUGAGUAAAUUCAGGUUACUCUAUAAUCCAAUUAAAAACAAGAGAAAAAAACCUAGAUAAUUACCUCUGUGACCCAUUCAAGCCUGUUCUGGAACAAAACAGACUUUUUACCUAAUUGGGAAUGGAAUAUCUUACUAUAAUACAUUUCUAUUUGGGGGUACCUUUUUGAUGUUUCUCGCUCAAAGUGUCUCUGCUUUCUAAUCUGAUCUUCUUUUGGCCAAUAUUGUUUCCUUUCCCUUUCUCCUAAUAGCAUUUCUCCUGAGUGCUGAAGACAUGGUGCUUUGGGGAGAUGCAGAAAAGUCUGGGAUUUGUCAAUGAUCUGCAGGGAUCUUAGAAACUGCUCUGUUCUCUGUUAUUAUGAAUUAUGAAUCAUUUCCAUUCUGUGAUCAAGUUAUCUCAAUACUGUGGAAUAGCCUAUAUCUCAUUUAACUUCCCCUAUAUUGCUUUGGAAUGCCUUUAUAAUGUAGUGAAACUUUCUUAUUGCCUCUAAAUUUGCUGGAUUGGAGGGAGGGUGCUAGAUUUAGAUGCCUUAAGCAGCUUAUGCGAACAGCUUAAUAUUACUUCUGCUGAGUAGCCUCAUUGUAACUGUUUCAACUAUUCAUGUACUCAGUUUUAUAUAAUUUACAGCUUUAUAACCUCUAUAUCAUUUUUAAUUUGCUGUCUAUUUUGUAUCAUGGUUUCCACUGUUCUAAACAAAUAUUUACAUUUUUUGCCAUUUAUCAGUUGUUUGAAAUUAAAUUUCAAAUUAAGUUUCUUUCGGCAUGGUUCUGCCCAUUGGUCAUUCUCCAUAUGCUGACUGGAGUGAGCAUAUGCAUGAAUUUUGGACCUGUUUUUCAGAAUGUUGCUACAAGCUGUUAUCUGCCUGAUAUUUAGGGAGCAGCAACUAACAUUUGGCAGAUAACAGCUUGCACACCCUCCACAGUCCUAUGCUUUUUCAGCUGGGUGUAUAAAACCUACAGAAAACAUUUGAUAGCACUUGAGGAAUGUGUCUGUAGUAGGAGACUGAGCUGGGUGUGUCUGUACCAAAGUUGCAAAAGGAAAGUCUUGGUGGCCACAUGCUUGCAACCUCAAACAAUUUGUAUGAUUUUGGGAUUACCUUGCAGCACUACUGCUUGGCUUUUAUUAAUUAGCCAAGCAAAAUAUUCCCAGCAAAAUGUGCUGAAUGUACAAAUAUUUACAUUUACAUUUGCAAAUAUACAUUCCAUCCAAUGUAUUUGCUGCAUCUGGAAAGCUGAGCAGAACUGAAAUGUAUUAACAGAGCAUUUAACCUUUUUUUUGGAAUACCAUUUAAGCAUUUCACCUUUCAGGAGAAGUUAGGGUUUCAUCAAUCAUUGCAGCUUCAUAUAUUCAAAUCAAAAAUGUAUAUGAUUCCUGCAUCGUUUGAUAUGACCACUGCGGGGCUGGCCCUCCCAUUAGGCAAAGCAAAACAACUGCCUCAGGAGGCAGGUGCUGGGGAGCCAUCCUUUGGCUGUUCCAUCUUUGAAGCACAGAGCUGUGUGUGCCACAGGGCCUGUCCUGCACCCUCAGACUAACCUGCUGUUCUCCACGGCAGAGAGGAUGCUAUCCAAUCCACCAUAGUGAAGAAAAGUUCGACUGUCUGUCAAGUUGGCUCCUGUUCAUGAAAUGGCAGGAAGGCGCCAUCUUGUCCUUCACCUCAGACAGCAAAAUGUUUGGGGUUGGCUCUGGAUGGCUUGUUUGAGAUCUGAUUCUGGCUUGCAUAUGCUGAUCUUAGUGUGUGGGAGACAGACAGAAGAUGAAGGGAAAUUGCCUUUUCAAUGGAGCAGGUCUGAUUGUUUAAACUUUGCAGGCCUUUAGACCUCCUUGCCUUUUACUUUUGUGUCUCUUUCAUGCAUGCUAUAAUUGUUCUUGAGCUUGCCUAAUGGAACAUGGAAGUAACACAUGGCUUUGUCACCCGGAAGUGCUUAUAAUGAUGGUUUUUUUGCCCCCAUGGAUGCAGAUGAUGGGGAAGCAGUCAGCAGCUCCUAUGAAUCCUAUGAUGAAGAAGAGAGCAGCAAAGGCAAGUCAGCCCCUCACCAGUGGCCUUCCCCUGAAGCUUCCAUUGAGCUCAUGAAAGAUGCCCGGAUCUGUGCUUUCCUUUGGAGAAAAAAAUGGCUGGGCCAGUGGGCCAAGCAGCUCUGCGUCAUUAAGGACAACAGAUUGUUGGUAAGCAAGCAGGGAACAGGGUGUCUAAUAUACCUUUUCUCAAAACGAGAGCAAUUCUUAAGAGCUCUAUCUAGAUGUUCCUCAAAGCCCAAGAAGAAGCCUGCUGGGUAAGACCAAAGGUCUAUCUUGUUUAAAAUCCCAGAUCCCUAUGGGAAGCCGACAAGCAGGACAUGACUUGGGUUGUCUGCUCUCCUAUUUACUUUCAAUUGAUGAAUUACUGUAAGACUUAUUUUACAUGCAUGGUGUUAGUUGCUUAGUUUGUUGCAUUUGCAUUGCUCCCAUGCUCCCAAAGGACUAACAUCAAAGACUAGGAUCAAUAUUCACCAUUGCUGCUGCUGAUAAGUGUUAAUGUGAUGAAGGUGCUAUUAUUGGCAGCAGUGUGGGAGAGAUUCUGUGACUGGUGGUUCUUGCAGAGCAGGCAUUUGGAAAAAGGAACGGCACAUGAGGGAGCAUCCUGGAGCUCUGCCGGUUGAAGAGGUUCAUAACGGGUAAUGGGAAGCUGCCACAGGGGGCAGAGCAGAUGCAGCCUUGGACUAUUCCCUUAGGAUAUGGGUGAGUGAAGGUGUGCCUGGAUUGGAGAAGUGUAUGACUGGUAUGAAGAUCUGCUGGGACUGUAGGUUUGCCAUUUCCAGGAGCUCAGCUGCCCACCUCCAAUGCCUGCUGUUAACAUCUGCACUGCAGAAAGUACCUACUCUGUGAAUGUUUCAGAGUGCAAGCAAGGGAAAACCCAAUGCUGUUCCCUUUCUGCUGUUAGUAUUAUGGCUAUAUAACAGGUCUUAAAGUUUGGGAAUGUCCCCACUAUUCCCGUUUUGUGGGAUUAAGGUAAUUUCACCAAGUAAUUCCUUCACUGGUUGGUGAAGCCUGAAACAUAUAUAAUUUUGUAUCUAUUCAGAAACCUUAGGAUUUGGGGCUCACAAUUAUUUACUACAAUGAACUAUUCCAAUCUAUAUUUCAAUGCCAAGUUUCUGUCCUUUCUUAGAUAUUUUACCAGUAGGCAACAUCUCCUGUUUACUCUCCAUUAAACCACCUGACUCCUCCUAUUUCCAGUGCUACAAGUCUUCCAAGGACCAAAAUCCCCAGCUGGAUGUUAAUUUGUUGGGGUGCAGCGUCAUCCACAAGGAAAAGAAUGUGAGGAAGCAGGAACAUAAGCUGAAGAUCAUCCCCAUGAACUCAGAUGUCAUUGUGCUGGGCUUGCAGAGUAAAGACCAGGCAGAGCAGUGGCUCAGGGUGAGUGGACCAAUCUCUCUUGACAACUUCUGCCGUUGUCCCCAGGCUGUGUGGAUUUAAUGUGCCCACAGUCAUACCAUGCUAGCACAGAAGUCAAGAUCUGGCCCAGAAUUUAACUACUUGAGAUUUCGAGACCCUGCUGAGCUGCUGCUGUUCGGAGCAGAGAGUAUUGAACUCAAUGGGCAAAGAGCCUGACUGACCUGGUACUAGGCAGCUUCCUAGGUUUCUGUCUACACAGGAUUAUGCUAAAGGAUAUUUCUCAGGAUGUCAUGGUGUUGCUCCCAUCUCUAGCUUACAUCCAAAUGCAGCUCUUCCACAAGCGCCUUUAUUCUGAGAAGGAUCCUUUCCGUUUGAGCACAACUGAGAAAAUCCCUUUUCCCCUUUGCACGUAGGAGGGGGAAGGGGAACUUUCUAACCCAACCCUUCCAGCAGUAAUGAAGGGAGUCUUUCUUCAGUAAGUAAGAGCUCAACUCCUUCCUCAGAUGGCACUCCAUUAUAGAAAAGAGAAGAAGUGCCCAACCUCCUUUUGAUUAUUUUCUUGGACUUCCUCUAUGCUUACCAAAUUUUACAAUAGUAAAAUGCGAAAGCUUUCUUGUCAACUCACUUACAAGAAGGGUCUGUCAUUAUUUCUAGUGAAUAUAAUCUUUACUGCAUUGAAAAAGCCCCUGAGAUGCACUCCCCUUUGUUCUUCCUCUACUACACCCGAAUUACACUCAGAUGGAAUACUGGCCUGAUACUCUAACAGCUCUUUGAUCCACAGAAAUCAGCUAGGGUCAGUGCGGAAUUUUCUAGCAUGGAGGUUUCAAGCAUUAUCAUCUGCUAGUAUUUUGCAGAUAAAGUUGAUAUUAAAGGAACAUGGAGGGGAAAUUGUUUUUAAAAGUUGCCAACUCUACAUGGCACAUGUGGCAUUUCUGCACUGCUGCUUCAGAAUCCAGCCUGAAUUUGCUUGGAAUAGUGUUUGAUCUGGGCAUGCAUGUCAUUUACUUUUGUGCCUUCUUUAUACCAGGGAUGGGGAACCUGUGCUUCAGCAGAUGUUGCUGGACUGCAGCUUCCAUCAUCCCUGGCCAUUGGCCAUGUUGGCUGGGCCAGAUGGGAGCAGGGAACCCAACAACCUGUGAUGGGCCAGAGGUUCUCCAUCCCUGGUUUAUAUGGUCAUUCGAGGCUACUCUCUCAACCAGAGCUUUUGAGGGACCUCUGCUUCUCUGCAUGUUAAUGAGAGAGGCUUUCUAUGAACUGAGCUGUGUGUCAGUUAAAUGCAGAAUGUAUACUGUAGAACAGAAAGAUAUAAAUGGCCGCAGGAUGAGAUCUUGCUCACAGCUUCUCUCUCUCCCACCAUAGGUGAUCCAGGAGACAAGCGGUCUCUAUCCAGAUGGGCAAGGGGAAGGCAACCAGUAUGUCCCAGACUCCCAGAGACUUAGCUAUCCCAAGGUAUGUUUUGCUAUUGUUUAGUCGUUUAGUCGUGUCUGACUCUUCGUGACCCCAUGGACCAGAGCAUGCCAGGCACUCCUGUCUUCCACUGCCUCCCACAGUUUGGUCAAACUCAUGCUGGUAGCUUCGAGAACACUGUCCAACCAUCCCCUUCUCCUUGUGCCCUCCAUCUUUCCCAACAUCAGGGUCUUUUCCAGGGAGUCUUCUCUUCUCAUGAGGUGGCCAAAGUACUGGAGCCUCAGGUAUGUUUUAUCUCUUAACAAAAGUGCUGUUCAAAGAUUAAAUUUUUUCCUGUUGCAUCAAAUUAUUUUAAGUUUUAAAAAAAUACUUCUGAUUAAUAUACAGGAAGUUACUCCCACCAUCAAAACAGGAAUGUGGUUGAAACUUACACUUGAAGAAAACCCAACAAACCACUUGUUUUCUGAUUAAAGCACAACUGGCUCAGUGUCAAGCCAUUUUUGCAUUAUUUUAACAUCAGCAAUUCUUUUAAUAGCUACUCUCCCCCCCCCCCAAAGUUUGUUUCAAGCAUAAAUCUAAUUCUAGGAAGUUUAUAGAUUUAAUCCUGGCCAAAUCCAAAUGAAAGUAUUAUUUAAAUAGGGCUAGAAUUCUAGAUAUCCCUAAAGCAUCUGGUGAAACGAGAACUUCUUUGUAGACUGACUGUUCCAGAGUUUCAAGCUCUAAUGAUAUACUGAGCGCAAAAUUAAAGUCAUCAAGCACUGGGCCUGAUCCAGAUAAAUUAAGGGUGGGGAAAUUGUGACAUAAGAAGAGCCUGCUGAACAGGCCAAUGGCUCACCUAGUCCAGCAUUCUGUUUCUCACAGCUUGCCACAAUGUAAAUGAGCAUGUGCUGAUGAUGUACAACUGAGGCAGGAGCUAUAGAUGCGAACGUAAACCACAAAGAAACAUUCACAGCUAGAAAGCUUCACAGUAUAUGGCAAUGAGGACGGAAAAUAAAACUCUCGUGUAUAAUUUUAUUUUUUGAGUUGGCACAAAUAUGGUUGCCUGAAUUUACUUCAAAAAGCAAAACACCAGGAGCCAUUAUGAAUAAGGAAGACUGUGUCCAACCAGAGCAACUACACACAGCAGAACAAAGGGGUUUUCCCAAGAGCUAGAGGAGCCUUUAUAGCAUCCAUCUUUAUGGGCCAAAUGUUAUUUCCUGUGGAUUAAUCUUAGUUUGUAAAUGGGUCUUCAUUUCCUCAGCUAUGGAUAUGUGCCCCUAAUUUUCACGAAUGCAAAGGCGUUUUCUCAUCGGAGAGAGCAGCAUUUCAGCCAUUACUAUGCUGCUGUUCUAUCUCUGGUGCUGUGGACCUCAUCCCUGCUUCUUGUCUGCAGGUGGAGACGGCUGAGAGGUACUCAGUCGCAUCAGAAAGCGGAAGCAGCACUGAUGGUCACACAGAACUGACAGAAACCAAAGACGGUAAUAGCCGUUCAAAAAAGAUAACGUGGUUGUCGAGUGAAAAGAAGAUGGAAUAGUGCACUUGCCUUUGAUAAGUCAAACUGAGCUUGCCGGUUGCCUGGUUGUUACUGAAUUGACUAGAGCCUUCCUACACGUGACAUAUGAAUGGCCCCCACCUGUCCCAUCCAUAAACGACAUAUUAUAUGGUUGUAGCUUAAUAGCCUGCUGCGUUCGUACCUCUAUUCACGGAGAGCCAGGAAUCUCCAGGGACUGAGAUGAGAACAGCAUUACGGUACUCUGCCCCUUUUUUGUUUCCACCAGUAGUUGCAGAAGGGAGUUAAUGCCUGGCUCAUUAAAGUAACACAUUUAUUCAUAACUGAUGUGGGUCAUGUAAGUGUACAUUAUUAAUGCUGCCGCUUAUAUGAGUCUCUUCUUAAAUUGCACCAAGCAAGAUUCCGCACACAAACAUCAGAUGCAAAUUGUGUGUAAUGUGUCUCCUGGCCAUUGCAUUAGAUAUUCAGAAGUACAGCUUUGUAUAUGGCUUGUUUAUUCCUUCUUAUUUAUUUAUUUAUAGUUAAGAAGAAGGGCACGUCUGGUUUAAAACUGAGCAACCUGAUGAACCUUGGGAGGAAGAAAUCUGCCACGCUGGACAGUCCGGAAAGGUCUUUGGAUACAUGUAGUAAGCAACCCAAACAAAGCCUUGUGAAACAUUUACAUUUCAUUUGGGUCUCUGCGACUAGCAGGAAAGACCAGCGUAGAGGGUGACCUAGAUGUCACUAAGGGAGAGUCUCCUUCUUUGCAGCGUACCUGAAUGUCCUUGUGAACAGCCAGUGGAGAUCUCGGUGGUGUCAUGUGAAAGAUGGGCAGCUCCAUUUCUACCAGGACAAGAACAGAAAUAAAACUGCUCAGCAGCCUCUCAACCUGACGGGCUGUGAAAUUAUCCCAGACCCAACUCCUGAUCAUCUCUACUCAUUCCGUAUCCUGCAUAAUGGAGAGGAACGGGCCAUGUUAGAGGUACGGGUUGCCAAUUUCUCUAGAAGUAGGAGUCAUUUGUUUAUGAGCAACACAGCUACUCAUUGCAACUCAUUGUAGUGCACACAAUUGAAUGGUUCAGUCUAGGGAACAUAGCUAUUGGUGUAGAUUUAUUUUCUCUUAUGUACAUAGCCUGUUUGGGGUAAUCUGCCACAUUCCUGAAGCAGAUUUCAUUGAGGAGUGUGGAAAUAUAAGAGAGAGACCUUCCUGCCCCAAAUAAGUAAAUGUAUUGAUUUUUUCACUUUUAUUAAAAAAACCCCACGAAAAUUGCUUGUAGACUUCAUUCAACACUUCUCCUUACAGCAUUCUAACCUACUUCACAUGUCAUGCUAAGCCAAGGCUCACUGCAGGCUGCUUGUAUAUGUUGUCAUAAACCAUGGUUUAGUGUGACACCUGAAUGCAGCCAGUCUGAACAAAAUGCUAUGCAAAAAGAUGUUAAACAGCUAACCAGGCAGCUUAUUUUUAUUAAAUGAAUAGACGUCUAUUCUGCUUUUCCAUCCAAAGAAACACUCAAGGCAGGAAAGCAGCACUUACUAGUCAGAAUAGUAAGUGAAUACUGAAUCCCCACCCUGCCCUCUGAUUGGAAUAUUGUACACCUGAAAUGUUUUCUGAAAUAAGCAGCCAGCUGGAUUCAGUAUGGGUUGAUAAGAGUAGUUGGUUUUCACCACUGAAAAGAAAGAUAAGACUGGUGAAGACAAACACACACACAGUGUAACUUUCUUUGGAGCUACCUCCAGUCACCUCAGCCGACAAGCUGCCUUGGGGGGAAAAAGCAAGCCACUCCUAUCCGUAACUUUCACUUGACUUGGAUCAGAGUUGUUUUCCUUCUUUGUUUACCUCUAAUCUUAGAUUCUCUGACAUCAGCACCCUUAGAGUGGGAGAAGGGAAAUGUGACACAUUUCCUGCAUUUUGUAGUGGGAGGAAUACUUGCUACCAACAACAGGCUCACUUGCCAGCGACUGCCAGAGGCUCUGGAUGUUGUUUUGUUUAGCACUUAAGAUUGCUGAGGUUGAUGGAACAAAAUAAGGAAGGCUUCAAAAAGUUACUCAGAUUAUCUCAAUUUGUGAAGCUAAGGUGCAUGUUAGACUCAGCAUUUUAGUUAAGGCCAGCUGGAGGUUAUAAAUAAUUUUUCGUGGGUCUUUCAGGGUGAUUGCAGGGUGCUUUCACCAUUCAAGAUGAAAGUUUUAAUCAUAAUUGCUUCUGAGCCAGUUUGGUAGAGGAACUUUAGGAAGGUAAACUGGUGCCCUCUUCUGGCUUUCUGUGUUUAUAAUUUGUGUGUGUGUGUGUGUAUUUGCAUACACACACACAUUUUUUUUAAGACUGUUGAAGAUGUUUUUAGAUAUUACGAUGCAUAGAAUUUUAUUUAUUUACUCACAUUUCUAUCCUGCUCUUCUUUCUCAAGGAGCCCAGGGUGGCACACCCUAAAUUGAUUUUUCUUUCCAUCAUUUCUGCUUACUCUGAUGAAAGCAACUUAGGCUUCUUGUAGUAAGUUUGGCCUAUAUCCUUAAUGAUUGUUUUUUUCUUUGGUGGUUUAACAGGCCAAGUCUUGUGACGAAAUGGGCCACUGGCUUGGUCUCCUUUUGUCAGAAUCUGGCUCAAAAACAGACCCUGAAGAGCUAACCUAUGAUUAUGUCGAUGCUGACAGGGUCUCCUGCAUCGUCAGUGCAGCAAAGAAUUCAUUACUGUAAGUUUCUAUGGUAGCAUAUUUGACAUUCUGACCUGUCUUCUGAUGGAUGAUUUCUAGUCGUUCCUACCAAACAAGUAGCUUUUAUCCGAAAAGUAUGUAAUGAACAAUUUUGAUGAGGUUACAAUUGCUAGCGAAAAGAAGCAGGAAAGGGUUCUGAUAUGUAAAUACCCACCAUGUUUGCAUUCAAAUGAAGUAUCCACUCGUGAGAUGGUUGUUGUGAAAUAUUGCAUUGAUGGUGACUAGCUCUCCUUAUUUUCUGAUGUGGUAAUUGUGUGCAGUCUAGCAAUCUCUGUUUUUCUUUGAACUCCUAGCUGAAUGUUUAAGACAUGCAGCACACACACAAUGUUGCUUAUGGCUUGAUGAAACCUAUGCCUUGUCCUGUGUUAGAGAAUGAGUAUAUUCCAGGCAUUUAACAUAUUCAGUCUCAAACAAAAGGGGAGGUUACACUGUGGUUAGUGGCUUCUUCACAUUGCAGACCUGUGGAUGCUGGAGACAAGAUAGUAGGCAGGAGCAACAGGUGCCUUGCAACAUCCAGUGGAUGGCAAUCAACUAGCUUUUACUCAGAGUAGACCCAUUGAAAUUAAUGGAUUUGCUCUGAGUAAAUGUUAGUUGACUACUACCCAAAGUAACUGGCAUAUUAGGAAGUCUUAUGGGAGUAUAGACUAAUAUCACAUCAUCGUCUCGUGUAGCUUUUACUUCUUUUGAUAGCACAUCUGCUUCUAUCUUUUCCAGCUUAAUGCAGAGGAAGUACUCUGAGCCGAACACUUAUAUUGACAACUUGCCAAAGGGGAAGGAGGGACUAGAGGAGCUCUAUGAUGAUGUAGAUGUUCCAGAGGCAACAACAAUGGUGAGGGUUUUGUUUUGUUGCAAUUACAGCUCAUGUUGAUGGGGGGAGGGGACCAUUUUGUUUUCCAUUGGCUGCAGUUUGUAUUUAUAAUGCCGGAAAUAACAAGUGAUCCCAAUUGCAAGGUGUCUGCAAUUUGCCUUGUUUCAGGUCUGUACUGUUGUUUAACUGUAUGUAAUGUUUAAAGAAUUUUAUGCUGGCCUCUCUUGUUCUAAACAGAGUGGCAUUUCUUGGGCGCUCUUCUAAGAAGAUGCUUUUUAUCUUUGACAGGAGGAAGUGCCCCAAAAUGAAGGCAAAGAUGAGGGGGAUCAGGACAGAGUCUAUCUAGACCUCACGCCAGUCAAAUCCUUCCUUCAUUGUGCUGCCAAGAAGCAGGACCAGUUUUCCCCAUCCGUUUCUCCAUCAUUGCAAAGAGCUUCCAGUAAGAGCUCAGCGGACUCUGAGAGAGACUCCUCCAUCUUGCAUAAAGAAGCAGAUUUGAGUAGAAGAUCACUGGAGAUUCCAGACCCGGUAAUGCUUAAAAACAAAUCCGAGAUAUCGAGGAGGGGCCAUAGCUCAGUGGUAGAGCAUCACAUGCAGAUGACCGCAGGUUCAAUCCCCACCAUCUCUAGCUAAAGGCCUCAGGUGUACGAGAGGCACUGCCAGUCAGGCCAGAUGCUAGGGAAGUUUUUAAUGUUUGAUAUUUUACUGUUUGAUGUUUUGAUUUGUUGGAAACUGCCCAAAGUAGGUGGGGCAAUGCAGUCAGAUUGGCGGCAUAUAAUUUUUAUUAUUUAUUCUAUAACUAGACAAAACUUAGCAUUGAGCAGCUUGCUGGGAUCUUAAAUGGACAGCCAGCUUCUGCUAGCCUUCUAUGUUGCUUAACCUCUGAAACCUUCUCUCUCAUCCGACAUCCCUAGCAGAGGACUCAAGACAUUGAUGAGCCGCUCCCACCACGAACAACAACCAUCAAAAUUCAGGCACAACAGCAGCAAAUUGCCUUUCCUCAGAGUGGCCCUGAAAUUAAGGACACCACCACAAUUAUGAUUGCAUCCAAAGAGAAAAUGGAACGCUCCAAGGUGGUGAAUUCAGGUGUGUUUGCUGUCUGCAGUAAUCUCUCUUUACCCAACAGCUUCAUGACGGAGACUUAUGGUAGAGGCAGUGGCUGCUAUCAUUAGCUUUUCAGCCCAUGUUUAAAACAUGGCGCUAGUGUAUUUAGCUGCUGGUUUAAAGGGAAAGUUCUUGGAAUUCCAGUCUCUGUCCCUGAGCUUAAUUUCUUCAUCUUUUAUUUGUAGCACCUGUAGAAACCAAACUCGGCAAGAACAGGACUGAGGCUGAAGUGAAGCGAUACUCGGAAGAAAGAGAUCGCUUGGAGAGGGAAAAAGAAGAAAUCCGCUCUCAGCUGGCACAGCUACGGAAAGACAGAAGGGAGCUGAAAGAGAUGCUGAUAAGCUGCACAGGUAAACAAAUGCCUCUCAUUUCCACUUCAUUUUCAGAGAUCAGUGGAACGGGGCAUAUUGUUUUGGUCUCGUGUGCUCCAUUGACAUGUAAUCUGCUCUGAAAAGCCUCCACUUUAGGCGCGGGGGGAGGGCUAGGUCAGCAGCCACCCUCUUGUCUGCCACCAUCAUCUGAGGAGACAGACAGGCAAUAGGGAAGGGUACACACUGCCCAUCUACUGUUGGAUUUCCACCUGCAUGUGCUUCUUUCCUCGGCAGACAAGAGCCUUUUGCCCACACUGGAGCAAAAACUGAAGGAAAUAGAGGAGGAGUGCAAAAGGAAAGAAGAUCAGCGUGUGGACUUGGAGCUGAGUCUCGUGGAGGUGAAGGAGAAUCUCCGGAAAGCAGAGUCUGGGCCUGUAACACUUGGCACUGCGGUGGACACCACACACCUGGAGAACGCAAGCCCUAAAGUACGUAGGCGGCUGUUUAUAAUUGGCAUCGUUAGCAGGGUCUUUUUCAGCAAAGCGAAGCAGCUGAAGCCAGCAGCUGGUUCAAACUACGCAUGAUGCAGAAGAUCCAUGAUUGCAUUUUUGAUGUGUUUUGUAAAGCUCAAAAGGCAAUUUGGUGGGCGGGCAGGGGGCUUAAAAUAGCAGCACUGAGGAAGGAGGGGCUUUAAUGCUUUUCUCCCUCACUAUUUUCCUAGCCAGAACUGCACAUGACCACCCUUGGAGGCUGGUAAUAGCAAUAUGGAUGCCUGUGUCUCCCAACAGCUAGGCCUAAAUAGCAUGUGGGGUUGAUUGAUACCUCAGUUAUGAUACCCCAAGGAGCCAUAUUGUCAUGGAGCUAUAGAUCCAGUUACAGCAGGGAUGAGGAACGUUGUUCAGUUUGAGGAAUACACCUAGACUUACAGACUGCCACAUAGCUAUGAGUUUUAUGCGUUGCCAUCAGAAGUGGCUGCCGAGCCCCUCUCGUGUCACUGCCACGUCCUGCAACAGUCUUUGGGUGGAGCCAAUUGUCAGCACAGUCAGGGCUGUGUGGGUUCCCCUUGGUGGGUGUGCCAGAUUGCCUUUGCCAGAGCACCCCAUGGAGCUCUGACCUUGCCACUGCUCUGCCCCACCUUGUCCUGGUACGCAGCAGUGCUGGAGUUGGGAGGGUGGCUUAUAAAUGUAGCACCUCAUUGGCCGUUCCUGAUAACAACAGAUAAAGCAACAUAAUUAAAACCAAAAGCAUAAAGUCAAUAAACAGUGCCCAGAGGUAGAUCUAAUAAGCCAUUAAUAAACAGCACUUUUAUUGCUGAUGCUUUGUGAUGAUGGAAUAUGAGAUCUUUAAUGUUCGGCAAGAAGGGCUCUCUGACCUGUGCCUGAUGAACUAUUUUAGACAAUUGUGUAUGACCACAGCUAUUAUCUUUCCCCCAUAAACACAGAUGAAGGUUGCCAACCCUAUGAAUGGCACAGAAAACUCGCCUGUCAAUUCAGCAAUGGCACUAAAAAACCGGCCUUUAUCUGUCAUGGUCACAGGGAAAGGAACAGUUCUACAGAAAGCUAAGGUAAGACAUGCCUGUAGUGCUUAUUAUGGCAAGAAUAAUUUGCCCAUGGCCUAUGGCAUAUUUAAAACUAUUGGGGUUUUGGAAAGAAAUAUAUAAAGAUAAGGAUAAGCCCUCAAGUGGGGCCUAUUUUUCCAUUUUUGUUUUGCAGGAAUGGGAGAAGAAAGGUGCUAGUUAG